GAAGCAAGCUGGGUAGAGCGAGAGGGGCGCCAGAGCCGAGGGGGCCCGCCGCCAGGACGCGCCGCCCACCGGUAAGGGAAGCACGUCGGGGAUGGCUCGGCGCGGCCGCUUCGGAGGGGGGCGAGCGCGCCAAGUUUCCCCGCGGGCUCGACGGGGCAGCGAGCCGCCUCUGGGCUCCUCUCGCGCAAGUUUGGGGGCUUGGCGGUGGUCCUGCAGCCGGCUGGACGACGAGAGCUGCGCCGCUCAGUCGCGCCUGCUUGUGCCCGGCCGGCUCACCGGGGACGCGGUGGCUUUGGCCAGCAGGCCGGUCAGGGUGCCUGCGUUGCGCGCUCUCGGGGUUGGAGCGACGGGCGAGCUAGUUUGGGAACUGAACUUCAGCGUUCUCAGCGCCGAGCGCGUUGUCGAGAUCGGAUCUGGGAUGGGGGUCCCUUCGCUCUCGCUUCAAGGGAAACUGGAGCGCCGGCAGUCAGAAGAAUGAAACGGGGUCUGCUAAGCCAGGCUCCGCUUGUACGGGACGGCGAUCGGAGUUCGCGGCGGCUCCGAUGCCGUCUGGGCAGGUCUGACGUGCACUCCAUUUUGGCUGGGCUUUGGCAGUGCGCACGUUUGAAGACAACUGGUGUUCUUGAGAGGGGUGUGUGUGUGUGUGUGUGUGUGAGAGAGAGAGAGAGUGAUUUAAAGCUUUAAGAACACGGUGGAAAGCAAAACUCCGAGUGCAAAACUAAAUGGCACCGGCCACUAACAAGAAAUCCAGGAAAUGUAACAACCUCAAAUGCUCCUAAUUCUCCUCGGUCAGCCCUACUGUUAAUUCAGCAGUCUUCCAUGCGUAGAAUAGGAAAGCACAGUAUGGGCGGGGUAUCUGCAAGAGGCAGUGAAUCUUGGAGGUCUUCAUACCUUCCCCAACAAUGCUUGCGGGGGGAUUUGUUGAGUUCUGGUCCUUAGCAUGCGAAACCAGCACCUUGCUCUCCGCAGAGGUCGAUCUCGGCCCGCAUAGAACAUAGGAAAGAACAUUUCUGCCCCACUUGUGUCCUGCCAGUCCCAGAUUCCGUUGCUGACUUGCAACCUCACCCUCGUGCGAUGGAGCUCCCUAGCUGGCUCGCAGAAGCAAUGGACAAGCUCAGGAAGGGUAGGAUGGAGGCUGUUGGCAUCAACCACAGAAUGGAGAGCACCUCCUGGGUCCCAUAAGGGUACAGAGGAGAAGUGUUUACCUACAAAGGGAGUUGCCUUGCCUCACCCCUGAUUAUUAUUAUUAUUUAUUUUGGGGGGGGUGUUGGAUCAAGGUAAUUUCUUCUGCAGUGAGAGUGGCAUUUUUUUGCAUCACUUUAAAGAUAACCCUGAUGUCACAGUAGGUGUCAGAGAAGCAGGCUGCUGCUGAGGGCUGUAGCACAGCCACAUGGAGGGCACCCCUACCUGGGGCCUCCCCGUUUCCCCUGUUGCUACUUUCUCUCAGGACCACCCAACCUGCAGGUUAAGACACCUGCUUCACUGGAUGCUGUUGCAGAGCCAACCCUACUAUUAGGCAGAGGGAGGCGGCUGCCUCAGGCAGCUGAUUGUGGGUGUUUUUGAAAGGGUAGCAGAUUCGUAAUUAGGCGUGUUGUUGCAUUUGUAGUUCCAGGGAGGGGAAGAAGCAGCGCGUGCUGGAUUUUCUGCCUCUGAUGUCGAAACAGCUUGACUUGUGUGGAGUGUGUCACUUGUGAUCUGCCCAGGUGGCAAAAUGUCUUGGGCUGGCCUUGGAAGCAUAAACCAAAAUAAUUUUGUUUCUCAAAUUACACUCAAGGCAUCUUGUUACUUUCUAGAAAUGCUUUCCCCCUUUAUCCUAUUAUACAGUUUAAGUCACCUGUUUACAUGUAGGCCUGUUUUGGGUCUGGGAGCAUCUAAUCCUACAGUACAGGUGAGCUGCUGGACCACCCAUGCUUGAGUGGGAGACCCCCAUGAGCCUCAUGGAAAGCCACUCUCAAGGAAGAGCAGGACAUAAGUAAGAUGAUGAUAACAUAGGCCAACUCAUGAAAAUGCUGUGGCUUGUGUGCGGUCUAGUGGAGUGCUGGUCUCCUCACACCACUUUACAUUCCUUGGAAUGUGAGUUCUGAUGUGCACCAUCCAAAUUCAAAUUCCUUUGAAAGCAGUGCUGUGUUGAUAGACAUUCUGCACUGGGAUGUAUAUUUGAAGAUGCAUACUGUUACUACUCUAACAGUAGAGGAAAGUUGGAUUCAGAGAAUGUCUGCUUAAAGCUGCGUAUUUUCCAAGACUUAUCUCCUUUCUCUCUCCCUCCUUCCAUCAAUCGUUUAAGCUGUAUGGGAGCAGUCCUCCUUGCAACUUAAAACACUGUCCAUUGUCUGGUGACCUCUUCUCUUGACUAGCAGAAACUGCUGGUCAAGAGGACCUCAAGAGGGCCAUACUGGCCAAGACUAAGUGCCCAGUUAGCCUCAGCGAGCACAAUUUCCCUGCAGCAUUUCAAUUGCAUUCCCUCUCUUUUCCCUGCCUAAUUUUGUAGAUGCAUGAGAACACCUGGCUUAGCAAAGCAAUUGGUACAAGUGGCAGGUGCUCUAGGGCUUGUCAAAAGUUCACUGCUGCUCAGAAUUGACAGCAGCUUGUGGCUGCAGUGAGCUGGGCACAGAAUGAUACCCUGAUCUGUGCUUAAGGGCCACAGGUCUUUUCCUGUGUGAUUUCAGGAAUUGCGAGUCCAAUUCUGUGUGCACUUGUAUCUGUAUAAAUGCAGAACAUGUUUUAGUUUUUCUUUUCUUUUUAAUUCAUGGGCAGUAGCAGAUGAGCCUAUGUUGAACUCCACAUUUCCUUCCAUAAUAAAUAAAUAAUGCUGACACCUUUCCUUGAUAGGAGGGUGACAUCAUGGGGUAGAGACAUUGCUACUACUUUUUCCUGGAGAAAAUAUGAUGUUUGGAAGACUGCUGUAAAUUCAACUCUUUGGCCUUGCAGGUAGCAGCUGAGCCCUGAUGCCAUCUUACUCAAAAUUGUGGCUGUCUCAAAUCAGGUAGUCUUGCUGAAAUGAGUGGCUUGUGACCAUCAGAGUAUCUACAAAAUUCAGAAAUCUUGAGUCAUCUCCUCCUUUUGGCCACUAAUCUGUUACACAAAUAGAAGAGCAAAUCUUCUUUACAAUUGUUUAAAAUUAUACAUGGUCUCAAGCAUGCUGAAACCAGGAUGCUAUGAGGUCACCAGCUGCCCUCAACCAGAUGAUAAAUAUAUUCAGCUGCCAAAGACUGAACCAUCACAAAAUUGACUGAGGGCAACUUCAUGGCCAGAUUCCAAAGAAAAGUGCUUGCCCCAAAAUGGCUUAGCUGGUGGUUGAACCAUAACACUCUCAAGCUCCUUUAUCACAUAGUGAUGGGAGCAAUGGAUCUGUAAGAUGAAACACAGAAAAUGGUGGUGGUGAUUUGUUAGCAUCCUCUGCUCAAGGUUUUUUAAAAUGAAAUCACCUGCAGCUUAAGGAGGAUACAAUUGAGAACCAGGAGCUCACUAAAUUUUGUAGUGUACAAAAUUGAGAAACUGAUUAUUUUUCAUAGCGACAAUACCAUUUAAGGUGCCUGACGCUCCCACUUUUACCACAAAAGUGUGCUUCUGUAGGUGGUAUCCAAUUCCUUCAUCUCACCACUGCACAGAUUUCUGCUUGCACAGUGGGUUCCCCUCCAUCUCCUCCCCUGUGUGCCCUGUACCCUCUCUAAAUCUGCUCUGGAGAUUUCGGAGAACCAACUGAACAGAUGUAGGGGGUGGGUGGAGGGAGGAGGGAAGAAAGUCUUGUGACCCAAGUGAAAAUCCUUGCCUUGACAGGACAGUUAUUUACUGCUGCAACUGGAUACUGUAUAAGCCUAUAUUUCUUUGUGGUUGUUUUCUAUAUACAGUGGUACCUCAGAUUAAGUACUUAAUUCAUUCCGGAGGUCUGUUCUUAACCUGAAACUGUUCUUAACCUGAAGCACCAUUUUAGCUAAUGGGGCCUCCUGCUGCUGCUGCACCGCCGGAGCACGAUUUCUGUUCUCAUCCUGAAGCAAAGUUCUUAACCCGUGGUAAAAUUCUGUAACCUGAAGCCUAUGUAACCUGAAGCGUAUGUAACCCGAGGUACCACUGUGUUCAUAUAUACUAUUGGAAUGUGGGCUAGAAAGAUGGAGAUGGAGCGACUGUGAAUGUAGCAAUGAGUAGGAUAGUUUCCAAUCCUGAGGAGUGGAAGGGCUUUGGGAACUGUGUUUGUUAAGCUGAAAACAGAACAAAAUGAGUGAGCACUCUAUAUUGCAACAUUUUGCUACAGUCCCACUUGUCUGUAACUAUUUUAAGGCAUGACAACUUACAGACACAAAUUUCCCUUACAUUGUUUGAUUUUUUUAAGGCCAGGGGAGUUGGAAACUAACACUGGGUUUCUAGUGCUGCUGUCAAUAUUUCCAGUAUUCCAUGAGUAGGAAGUGGUCCCAGUCCAUAGGCUCAACUCUCUGGCUCUCCCCUGGCUAAGGAUGCCAUGAGGCUAUUGUGGACAGAUGCUGAUGGCAAAGGAAACUGAGGGACGAUGAAGCAAAAGCAUAGCAUGUGCUGGGAGAUGUGAUGGUCUAAUUUCUGUAAGCCUGUCUACUCUUGUUUUUAUUAUGGAAUAUUCCUUGCAGAAUGGCCCUGGAGCAGGCUCUGCUUUCUAGGCUGGAUCUUUCCAGCAGAGAGACUCCCAGGUUCUCCACCGCUACCUGUAUUUUGUGGAACUUGCUGCCACAGAAUGGCACUGAGGUUUAGGAUUCAGCUGUGGGUCCAAGUGGUCAUCAGCUGGAUAACCAGUAUAGGAAAGCUCAUAUUUUAAAUAUAUGAGCAACCUUGCAUGUAGACAGCUGUGUGGAAAAUCUACUUUGUCCUGAGUGUGGACAUUAAGGAAAUAAUGGUGUGUUUGACGUAUCCCUAAUGGUUCAGAUUAGGGCUGCCAAACCCUGCCUCAUGGGUUCUGCAUAUGGGUGUAAUUUCACCUGCUGGAGUGGCUUGAGAGAAUACUCUAAACCUCUUGCUGACUAGAGCAGGCAUGGGCAAACUCGGCCUUCCAGGUGUUUUGGGACUACAGUUCCCAUCAUCCCUGAUCACUGGUCCUGUUAGCUAUGGAUGAUGGGAGUUGUAGUCUUAAAACAUCCGGAGGGCUGAGUUUGCCCAUGCCUGGACUAGAGGCUUUCCUCCCCCCCCGAAAACCCUGAAAUUGGCUCUCGGGGCCCCACCCCCUCUCAGAGGCCCCACCAACAUGUACUUCUGCUGGGCUGAAAUACGUCCCGUGAACUGUAUUAAUACCUCUUGCUUGCCUGAAAGGAGGAAGGAGAGGUGUGUAUGUAAGACCUCUGCCUUUUGCAUGGCUGAGAUGUAACCUACCGUACAAAAGCAAGGAUUACAUCCAUUGCUGUGUCCCAUUUUCAUGUCUGGACCCUUCCAUCCCUUGUAUUAGUGCCACAGAAAGUUAUCCACAAGGAAAUGUGGCCCCUACUUUUAAGGCAAUUUGUUGAAUGGCAUUGUAUGGUGGUUAUUGUUCAAAAACAUGUUAGUUGGUGUCUUAUUGCUGGCAGUUUUGAGGGCCAUUGAUGGGAAAGUGCACCAUUAAAUAGAAUAAAUGAAGAAAGCAUAAUGAGGAAAACAUUGAUGUUUCAAAGUGGAGAAUGGUGCAGAACUGGCACUUUUUUUACUUUUGUCCAAAUAAUGAUAUAACUAGCCUUGGCAUAAUUACCUUGGAGUCAUAGUCAGUGAUUCAUAUUUUGUAGGUUCCAUUAGAGAAGGUUUCCCCCUAAAUGUUACUGCUAGGUUUGGUAUAAAUCUAAUGUUGGCAUCAUGUUUUGUGGAGUAGUGUUAAAGCCCGUUAUAUGCCACUCAUCCAUUUAUGUAGAAGUCCUUCCAGUUGUUCAUCUGGAGUCUGUUUCUGCAAGGUGCCAGAAAUGACAGAAAUCAUACUUGGAGAUGUAGCUUGGAUUGCGAAGACCACAGAAUUUGAGAGCUGUUAGAUGAUCCCUAUUCCCUUCGCAGAGCUACAUUUCACAGAAUUCCCUGGGAAGAAUUGUAGCUCUGUGAGGGGACUAGGGGUCUCCUAACAACUCUCAGCACCCUUAACAAACUAUAGUCCCUAGGAUUGUUUGGUGGAAGCCAUGAAUGUUUAAAUAGCUUUAAAUGUGUAAUGUAGAUGGGCCUCACUUUCUCAAUAUUCUGUGCCACUGACACAUUAGUAUCUCCCACUAACACAUUCACAAACCUCAGGGUUACAUUGAGUCUGCUGGAACCUUUCUCUUGUGUGUGGGUGGUGCAGUUUUGGCUAUAUAAACACAAGCAUGAGGCGACUUGAACUGAAAUUAGAAGGAAUUGUGAUGAACAACAUAAGAUGUGAUACCUGGUUGCAGAGACCAUUUGUGUGGCCCAGCGAAGCUCUUAACAUAGGCUUGUUUGCAGCACACAGAACUGCACUUCCCUGAACCCUGAGCAUAAUUCAGUGUGAUAGGUAAAGGUAAAGGGACCCCUGACCGUUAGGUCCAGUCGUGGCCAACUCUGGGGUUGUGGCGCUCAUCUUGCUUUAUUGGUCGAGGGAGCCGGCAUACAGCUUCCGGGUCAUGUAGUCAGCAUGGCUAAGCCUCUUCUGGUGAACCAGAGCAGUGCACAGAAAUGCUGUUUACCUUCCCGCCGGAGCAGUACCUAUUUAUCUACUUGCACUUUGAUGUGCUUUCGAACUGCUAGGUUGGCAGGAGCAGGGACCGAGCAACAGGAGCCCACCCCGUCACGGGGAUUCAAACCGCGACCUUCUGAUUGGCAAGCUCUAGGCUCAGUCCCUCAUUUACAUCACGUACCGCCCAUCAAGUAGAGUCCUAUGCAGUCUGGUGGUAAGAGGAGGGUGUAUGUUUUACAGCAGCUUUUUUCCAUCAGUGGUGGAGGGAUGACUUGUUUUUAAUGUUCACUCUGGACCAUAUAACCUUUUAGAAAUGAAAUCAACACUUUAGUGCUGAGAUCAUAAUUUUCUUGACUCUUGGUGAUUAGCCCCUGCUAACUCACUGUAGCAAUUUAGUUCUCGCAGUUCGACGCUGUGACUCUUUUGAAAAAAGGACUGCAUUGAAAAAUUAAAUAAAAUGCUUUAAUGAUGGUGGCACAAUAGGGGCUGAGUGGACCAAGGCUGGAAAAUGGAAUUUUUUAUUAUUAUUAUUUUUAAAAGUGUGCUCUAUCGCUUAGUAAUUAUUAGCCUUUGCUGGAAUGGGGGCACUAGAUGUGGCUUCUCUUUUAUCUUGAUAAUAUAAUCUCAUCAGUGUCUGACAGCCUCGCUAGCAGCACCCCUGGGGUAUUAAAUGCUUGGGGGAUGAACACAUGAAAAUCAUAAAAGUAAGUUGGAAAGCUGUGAGGGAUAGUGAACCCUAGAAGGCAUUGUGCCUCUCUGUCUUUAAUAUUCCUGUCAGAAUCCCUUUUGGCAACUGAGCUGACAGGAGCCCGUAGUAUCUUAACUGGCAUUGUCACAAAACGCAUUGUCUGGCUUGCAAGUCAAGGCUCCAUGCCAGGCUUGCCUCAUUUGCUGAUUACAAUAGAGCAUUUUGGCAGUGGUCAUGCAGGCUUGGGGCUUUGAAGAUUUAGUGGGUGGGGGGAAGAGGGGGUGGGCCUGUCACUGCUCCUUCCUGUUUUGCUUUGGGCAAGGCAUCUAUUCCUAUCUGGUUUGUAGGGAGUGAAAGUUCCCCCAGCAGGGAUCAUGAGAAGCAUUAUGCACAGUUGUGUGUGGGAAGAAGGGAGGAGGUUUUUCCUUCCUUUUUUAUAUUUCUUCAAAAGGGAAUCUGUAACACAGGGGCCAAAGGUAUCAUGUUGAUAUUGUCUGAAGACACAAAUGGUUCGCUGAUAGGCCAAUUUUACUGUGUAGCUCAAGAAACGGGUCUCAGGCCGCAGAUCCUGGCUUACCUGUGGACAGUGACAAAUGGAUUCUGCAUAACUUGAGGCAUCUGUUACAGCCGGUGGUGCCAUAAUUCAAAAGAUGACAUCCUCACAGAAACAAGUAAUGCAAAUGGAGUGCAGCAGUAUCAUUAAUAAUAGGGCUGUAUCUUCCAAUGUACCUUGUAAAAGCUCCAUCACAGGUCUUUGCAUGGCUGUUUCCUAUGUCCACAAUUCCAAGUGGUGGGAGUUGUCUUUGAAUCUGUUGUGGAACAGAUCAGUGCCAGGAUGGACAGAUCUUGGGAGUCCUAAAUAUGCUUCUCCAAGCCUCCCAACAGAAAGAACAGGGUCUAAUAUUUUUGCCAUUGUUUCAUGGGGCCCAAAUCACAUGGGAAAUGUGUGCAGAAAUGUCAGCCAAUAUUCCCUCUGUAUGUCUGGGAUGCAGAGGACUGUCUUUGGAAAUAUAUUCAAUGUAAUGUAUAAUAAUAAUAGUCAUGUGUAUUUAUAUCCCGCCUUUCUCCCAGAACUGGGACAAACCGGGACUCUAGGCAGCUCACAAAAAUCAAAACAAACACAAAUAGAACUCAGAAAGCUAAAAGCAUAUAAAAAAUAAUAGUAAAAAAAUUUAAAGUAUAUAUGUGUCAAAUUCAGAUAUCCAAAACUCCCUUGCCAAACUAAUUAGUGAAAACUGGCUUUUAUGAUGUGUUCUGCUGCUUUUCUUUUUCUACAUUAUCUGCUCUGUAUUUAUUUGGAAAUUACAACCUUUGUGCUGCUCUUGUGUUUUGUAACUUAGAUUAUAUUUUGCUUGUAUAUUUGAUUUUAUGUUGAGGAAGAAUAACAAUAAAAUAAAAUGCUCAAAGCCAGCUGCAGGUAAAGCCAAGAGGACACAAGGCACAAAAACAUGCAGUAAUUGGUAGGAUAAGGGAAGUUGGGAGAUGAUUAUUUCCACUGAGUUUGAGAUUAGCCUAGGACCACUGUGCAAGCCUCCAGGACUUCUCUUGCACUUCACUUGCCUCAAACAGGUGCUCUGGUCAGCAAAUGUGAAAAUGGAACAAAGACCGUUGCAGUCAAGUUGAAACCCCCUUCUGAUCUAUCAGCUGAUUUCAGUUGAAGGUCUGCCUGGCCCUUCAUUACAGGAAAGUGGCGAUAAGGCUCCUCCUCCUCCUUCAUAUUAUUUUAAGUACUGCCUGUUGAUUAACUCAUUUUAAACACAUCUUGCACAGUCUUGCGACUGGAGCAAGAGGUCUUCCUUUAAGAAAGAAUCUCUUGCUCCUGCCACAUGGCUGUACUAGAUGAAUUUAAAAUCCCUGAGUCUGGUCACCAUGCUAGGUAAUGAGGCUCAACAUUCACUCAGAAUGGGGAGUGUCUUUAGCAUAUAUUAUUUUCCAUGUAUUUGGAAGGAAGGGGGUUAAGAUUAAGAGUGGAGGGUCAAAGAGUUGUGGCUGAUGAUGGUAAGAUGCUUUCAGGGUGCAGGACAGCAUGUGGCGUAAGCUGCCUCGUUGCUCUGUUCUUGCAACCUGGCUAUCCCUGUGAGAGAACUGAAUUGGCUGCUCUAUAUGCAGAUGCUGCUGCUCAAGUAAUUCAUUCAUGUGAUAAGCAUUUCUCUGACUUGCUCAAGGACAGAGGCUCACAUUUCAAUUGCCUGGAGGAUCUGCGAACAUCUGGCUGUUAUUGACUGACCUUCAGCAGAUGGAUGAGGCACCCAAGCAGGGAAAGGUUGGGAGUCCCUUAUGAACUGUCUGCUGUUGUACCUCUUGGGGCUCAGAAUAAGGAGGCAGGCUCCUUACUAGAGAUGCUUUGAAAAGUGUGCCAUAUAUAUAAUUUUCUGGCUACAUUCUGGUAUGAGGGGAAGAGAAGAAAUCAACAUCUAGGCAGGUCCACUUCUCUUCUGUCUGAUAGCAGAGGACUCUGAUUGCAACAGCCACAAUGCCAUGCUAUAAGAACAUAUACAGUAGUUUCUGUGCCCCUUCUGCUGCUCAGCAACAAUAAAUGGCAUAUUCAUGUAUUUUGUUUUGGAACUGGAAGAAGGGGAAAGUGAGUAGGAGUGGCACUAUUUCCCCCGUCCUGCUAUACAGGGCAAGAGAAGAGCCUUUGCCCAUCCUAUUUAAACCUGUGCCAGCUGUUUCUUUUCCAGAUGCUCUCAGUCUCUUUUCUCUUGGGCCAACUUGGUAUGUAGGCAGGAUACUGCAGUGUGCAAGAGGAUGUGGCUUUGUUCUGCCUUCAGCACCACUGGCUGCGGACAGCUGCCUGACUUCAAGUCCUAUUGUAGAAGCAGGAGUGCCCCUAGCUCAGGCAUGGCCAAACUUGGCCCUCCAGCUAUUUUGGGACUACAAUUCCCACCAUCCCUGACCACUGAUCCUGUUAGCUAGGGAUGAUGGGAGUUGUAGUCCCAAAACAGCUGGAGGGCCUAGCUGGUCUGAUGCAUUGUUACUACUUUUGCAUUUACCAUGUCAAGUUGUGAGGGUCUUUCCAAAUUAUUGUUUCCCCUUCCCAGUACUCUUACAAUUAUACUGGCUCUAAUGCUAAUUCAGGCCUAUUGUGGGUGGGAUAGGUGGUUAAUCCAGAGGUAGAGGAAGAGAUUCAGCAAGGGCAAGCAGACAUUAAAGAAACAUACCAUUUUCUUUUCAUGGAGAUAUAGGGAACAAGAUACACUUACGAGGUUGAGCACUCUUCUUCUUCUUUUACUUCUUCUAAAAAAGUGCUAGUGACUGUUUCUGUGCUUGAGUGCUAGUACCAUCUUCUUGCUCUUCCUUUCAGAGAAGGGAUGGGUGGACACCAUGUUUUAAGGAUCUACUUUUUCUUUUUAACCAGAUCCCUGAGUUUUACCAACCAUAGCCUAGUGCAAAACAGGGGUGGGCUAAGAAAUAAGAGAAUAGGGUGCCUCUGAGCACAUGCUCAGCUCAGAAAUUUUGCGAUCAGUUCCAGAACCAAGCCCAGAAGUCCCUUUCAUGGAAAUCCACUCCAUUUCUUUUUUUAAUGUUCUUUUUCAGCCACCUAAUUUUGGGGAUAAACUUUUUAGUUGUUGCUAUUGUUAGAUAAUUGGCAGCUGAUCUGCUGCAACUCACUCAGAGAUAUACUAGUAGAUCUCAAUCUACCUUCUGUCCAUCCCAGUUUUAGAGAAUGGGUCUCUUCCCCCUCCCCCCAAUACCUGAACUUGCUAUUAAUUUUUGAUACCCAUUCCUUGAUACUUUCACCAUCCCUCUCAAGCAGGGAUGCUGUUUUUUGGUUGUGGAGAACCCCCUUCACUCAGAGUAUAGUGUCUUCUUCCUGUGGCCUGCAGGCAUCCAGGAGCUCUGAUGGGAAGCUGAUAAAUCAGCUGUAACAUCCCUCUUAUAAUGCUGAACUGUGGACGACCUUGACAGAGAGAGGCAUCUGAUGGCAGGUUGGUAAGUGCAGCUGACAAGAUGUUUAAUCCUGCAGAAAUAGUGCUAUGGAGAAGAGGCUCUUGUGACACUUCGUUCCCCUGCCUUGGUGGAUAAAAUUGCUCGCAGAGGUCAGGAGGUGGUGCUUCAUGAAAAAGAAAACAACUGGGAUGCCUGAAAGUAGUUUGGCCACUUCCUCAUUACUCUCUCUAUCCUAAUUGCAUCUCAAUAGUGCUGAACACGGAAUGCACAAUGACUUCUUCACCCUUUUCACAAUGGUGUUUAUGUGUGAAAUAGAUUGUUACACAGACAGGCUUAGAUCCCUAUAUAUAUUUCACCCAGGCCUGUUUGUCACAGGAGAGAUUGGAGAUGCAUAUGGAGUAAAUGUUUUGCGAGGGGCUUCCUAGUGAGUGGGUCAAUUUCUUCCCAGCCACCCACAGGUCAAAGAAAGCGAAUAAUGAAUGCUCUGCCUCCCCAGAACUGACUUUUCAAUAAUGUCUUUUCCCUGCCGGGACAUCUUUUGUUCAUUACCUUUCUCUCUCAGAGAGAGCAAGAGUAGGGUGGGGAGAGAGAGAGAGAUCCUUGUUCUGUGAGUUUCUCUUGUUCUAAUUCUCUUUUUCUAAAUCUUUUCUAUUUCUACUUUUUCCAUCAAUGAUUCGGUGAUACUUGGGGGUGGGCGAGAGACUGAGCAAAGGAAAUAGGACAUGAGGAGAAAAAGGGAAUCUGACAGGAAUCCCACUGAAGUUAGAUACCAGUGUAUAUCUACUUUUUUGCUUUUUGCCUUCCACAGUCAUUGUCAGAUUUUUGGGGUUCAAACACUCCUGGAAUAUGCAUGCAUAUUUAUUUUAUAGACUUUUUCAAAGUUGGUCCUUGUACAACCAAAUCUCGUGUGUAUUUUUGGAGAGUGGGGUAAGAGUGGUAAGAGUAUCUGGGGAGGCAUUGGUUGAAGUUCCCAUGCAUCCACAAAAUCCACUGUGUCUUUGAGCCAAUCACAAUUGGGAUACCUGACAGGAUUCUUGUCAGGAUAAAGUAGGUUAUUAUUAUUAUUAUUAUUAUUAUUAUUAUUUCAUUUAUACACUGCCUAAUUGCCAAGGUGGUUUCAAAAUGGUUUGCAAGUGUAAAACCAAUUACAGAAACACACAUAAUUAAAAUGCAUAAUAAGACACUUUCAUCAAAACAUUAAAAUAAGCACCUGCAAUUAAAAUGUACAAUGAAACAAUCCCACUCAAACAGCACAACAAUCAGAAACCGUUUAAACAACCAUUAAAACAGGAGUUUCAAGUCAGAAGAUCAGGGGAAUGCUAACAGGUGUGUCUUCAAGAACUGACAGAAUGUCAAUAUCAAGGGGCCUUUUAUAUUUCAGUAGGGAGAGCAUUCCACAACACUGGUGUCACCAGUGAAAAGUCCUGCCUCUUUGUCAGCAAAAGCCAACAAUCAUCAGGUCAUGGCAAAAAGACGUGUUGGGUUUCAUUUGUUUAUCUUAAUACCCUUGAUGUGGGUUGAAGGGGAAGACACCCUACCUCUCUGGAAUAAAAGUGUGUGUGGGGGGGACCCGACACAACAGUUUCUGACUCUUCCAGCGCAUGCUUGGGGCCAAGUGUGGGUCAUGACUUCAGUUGAGUUCUCUGAAUUCAGAACUGCGGUAAUGGGGCUUAACAGUGGUUGACUGGAAAGGUGUGAGGGACCAUGGCGGCUGGAGUGUCAGACUUGGAUCAAGAAACCUGGGUUCAAAUGUGAGCUCUGCCAUAACACUGAUUGGGCUAGCCGCGUUAGGCAGUGAUAAUAAAGUAGCAGUCACCCCCAUGUAUGCCAUCCUCAGCUUCCCGUAACGUCAGGAUUGUUCUUUGAUGAAUAAGCAGCUGGAAGGAUUAUUAUUUAAGGGCAGCUAACCAAUGCAAAUGUGUUAAUAUCCUAUUUCACAUGCACUGGGGAUUAAAUCUGGCAUUGAAAAUCUAUUUGGGAGCCGAGUCCUGGUGAUUCAAUCAAGCCUGGAGGAAAAGCUGCGUGGGGAUUUCAAGUGACUUGACUGCAGCUUUCUUUGGACUUUGAUGAUCAGGGCCCGAAGCCCCUGCGGAAUUGCAAAUGGUUGGUACAAAAAAGCAGUGUAGUGGCUCUAGUUUGCUAUUCCAGACUGUCCCCAGCUUUGGGCUGCUUUGUCCCCAGCCUGGCUCCAGUCUUGCUACUCUCCAGUGUCACAGAUGAUUCUUUACAGCCAGGUAGCUCCCAAUUUAUGAGGGGAUUACGUUCUGAGGCACCGCGCAUUUCUGUGAAAUUGUGUGUAUUUGAAAACACUAUUGGAAAAGCCUGCAAACACCCUCUAAACUUCUGGAAACCCUUGAAAAACCCUUGAAAAAAACCCAGAAGCACAUACUAGAUGCCAAACUCUACUGCAAUUGCUUCGUCCAGACCUCCUUGCCCAAACUCCCAACUCUCCACAGGCCUCAAUAGUCAGUACAAAAGCGCCUGGGAUUGCUAAGUACUGUUUUCACACAUUUCCUACCCUUUCUGGACUCUUUUAGGGCUGUUUUUGCCAGUCACUUUCAGUUUUGGUACAAUGUGUGCGUAAAUUGGUUGUUGCCUGUAGAGAAAGAAGCACAGGCUUUGCUUUGAAAUGUAAUGGGCCCUUCCUGAGCGGUGGUCCCUCCCUGCUGCUUCCACCCAGGAAUCUCCCUGGCUCAGCUGCCUCACCUCUACAGCUCAAACCAAGUCUCUCUUUAAAAACAAAACAAAAAAGCAGAACUCUUUCAUGGUGCAUGUUUGCCCCAAGCCAGCCCCCCGCCUCAUCUCUAGAGCCCCACAUGCACAUCUAUAGGUGGACCUAGCAUGGGUUGCUCCCCAGUUUCAGAGAUUCUCUUGAAAAUGGGUUAUCUGAGGGGAAGCUCUUGCGAUAAGCAUUCAAGCUACAAUUCUUUUUAGCUUGUCAUUUGAACCUCCUGCAAAGAUUGCAGUCUCUGUACAUUGUAAAAAGAAGACCAGGAAUCCCCAGAGGCUGGGAUAAUAUGGAACAUGCCACACUGGAGUAAGGAAUGCAGAAAAGAACAUAAAGCGCUUUUUAAAAAGAAAACCAGAUCCCUUUGUCAUCAGUUAAAUACAUCAAGCAAGAGGGGCUGGUUUUCUCUUUUGCUUUUUUUUGGGGGGGGGGGUAUGUGACUUGCUUCAUUGUGUUAUCAUAUGCAACUAAGCUUCAGAAAUAUGGAGCCAAUAGAAUUUAAUAUGAGGUCUUCUUAACAUGAGGAAAUCCUCUAAAGUACAGAAUCUUUAUUGCAUUGGGGAAAGAGCUGUUUGAGCUAAAUAUGGGUUUUUAAUGCAUAUGUGGAGAAAACAAAACUUGGGGAUGGGCUAUAGCUCUGUUGUAGAGCAUGUUCUUUGCAUGCAGGAGGUCCCAGAUUCAAUGGCUGCCAUCUUCCAAGUAGGGCUAGAAAGGAAAACCUGCCUGAAACCCUGGAAAGCUGCUGCCAGUCAGCAUAGACAAUACAGUGGUACCUCGGGUUACAUAUGCUUCAGGUUACAUACACUUCAGGUUACAGACUCUGCUAACCCAAAAAUAGUGCUUCAGGUUAAGAACUUUGCUUCAGGAUAAGAACAGAAAUCAUGCUCUGGCGGCAUGGCAAAAGUGGGAGGCCCCAUUAGCUAAAGUGUUGCUUCAGGUUAAGAACAGUUUCAGGUUAAGAACAGACGUUCCGGAAUGAAUUAAGUACUUAACCCGAGGUACUACUGUAUACAGUACUGUUUACUCACUCUCCCACUGCUGGCGUUUGAAACUGAGAACACAUUAUCAUUGUUAUUAUUGAGUUUAAUAGAUAACAAAACAUUCUUAUAUAUGGUAUUUCUAAAAAGGAUUACAAAUAAAAAUCAGUUUGUUCGUAUACAAAACAUUUCACCACACAUUCUUACAUGAAUACGUAUGACUUCCCGCCACCCCCCCAAUGUAUUCACAUUUUCUAUUAUCCAGUUAUACAAAUAACUAUUGCUUUAUUCUAGUUAUAAUAUCUUGUAAUUUCUUACUACUUACAAAACCUUUUCCUUUGGUUUUAUAAUUCAUAUAUUCAGAAAUAAUUCAAAUGCUGUCAUAGACGCCACACCACUAUUGUAUUUCAUUAAAUAUUUCUUAAACGUGUCCCAUUUUUGAAUAAAAUUUUGAUUUAUAUUGCUUUUCAGCUUGUUUGCCAUUUGAGCCAUUUCGGUGAACUCUACCAACUUAUUUAGCCACUCUGUUUUUGUAGGAAUCCUCUCCCCCUUCCAGUUCUGUUCAGUUAGGAUUCUUGCAGCAGCAGUUGUAUACAAAAAAAAUUAUUUUAAGUUUCUUGCUAUCUCUCUAUUUACUGUUCCAAGUAUAAGAAGGCCUUAGGUUUUUUGGGAAAUGUUACUUUUAUAAUUUUUUUCAGUUCAUCAUAUAUAACAUUCCAAAACUCUUUUAUUUUUGGACAUGCCCACCACAUGUGGAACAUGUUUCCUUCAGAUACUCCACACUGCCAUCAUUUGUUCGAACUGUUUUUGUACAUCUUAGAUAACUUUGAUGGCGUCAGGUACCAUCUAAACUGCAUCUUCAUGAGAACAUGUUAGCUGCAAUCCAGAGCUAUCCUGUGGUUUCUUGAGAAAUACUCCUGUUGGAAACUCCGUUUCCCUUUGAACCAGUUUCCAUCCAAUUGGAAAACUUUAGCCACAUACUCACUUUGCAGUGGAAGCGGAGGUGUGUACAGUUGAGACAGCCAUUACACACAUGGAGAGGACAGGCCAUGUGCAUGGAACAGCUCUAUGGGUUGGAGUCUGAUGAGGUUGCAGAGGUGGAGAAACAAAUCAAGUAAUGUACAUCAAGGGAAGACAUCCCUGCCCCUUCUGUAAUGUGUACAGCAGCAUGGAAUUGUAACCUGAAAAUCAGCAGGGUGUAUGUGGAAGCCAUAAUGCUGCAUUUCAAGCCACUAAUGUAUACAGUGGUACCUCAGGUUAAGUACUUAAUUCAUUCCAGAGGUCCAUACUUAACCUGAAACUGUUCUUAACCUGAGGUACCACUUUAGCUAAUGGGGCCUCCUGCUGCUGCCGCGCCGCCGAAGCACGAUUUCUGUUCUCAUCCUGAAGCAAAGUUCUUAACCUGAAGCACAAUUUCUGGGUUAGCAGAGUCUGUAACCUGAAGCGUAUGUAACCUGAAGCGUAUGUAACCCGAGGUACCACUGUACAUACUCUCCCUCCCUCUCUCCUCUCCCUCCCCUUUCAACCAUAUUCUGCAAGGCAGCUCACAAUUUACUUUAUGAUAUAUUGUUUUUCAACAAAAACAUUUUUGUUAAAGCCAAAACAAACCAGCAAUGGCUACUGUCUUAAUCUCCUGAAAGGACAUCAUCACAAGCCUAGGCAAAAAAACCCCCAAACCUGUAUGUUUCUCGAGCCUGAAAGCCAUCAGAUUCUAUGCCAGUCCAAUAGAUAUGGGGAGGGAGUAAUUCUACACAUGUUGGACUGCAGAAUGAGGAUUUCACAGUUGCGGUUGUCUUCUUCCCGGGGCUGAACUGCACUGAGAAGCAUGUCCAGGUCCAUUCUUGCACUCUUUUUGCCAGCAAGUGAGUUUAAAGCUGGACUGGGGAGGAAUUCAGGAAGGUUUUUCAGCAUAAUGCUGUUAAAUAGCUUAAGUUGAGCUUGAUUUUAAAUGGAGAUUUUAUUACUGCUGGUUCACUAAACAGCCACUGGUUUGUUUGUUUUUUAAAGAAUGCGUUGUGUUAAACAGAUGCAUCUCCUCCCCUUUUGCUUUGCUUCGGGUGUUUUCCAGAGAAGGAGCUAAUGCCUUUUUAUGAAUAAAAAUAAAUGCCGAGAGAGUAUGAAUCUUAACCUUUAAGUGGAAAUGGGGUACUUUGUAGCAGGGAACGGAAAUUGGUUCUGUGAGUUUUGUUUGCUGCCAUAAUGCCUUUUGGCAGCAAGAGCUCUUGGCUGCUAAAGAUGGGCAAGCCUAAUCGGCCUAACAGUAUAAUAUCUUUUAUGAACACAAUGGUAUUGGGGUGGGUGGGAACUGGCCUUGCUACAGUAGAAAACUGUGAGGUUUAUUGCAUGUUUGACCUUUUCAGAACCAUGUUAAAAGUGUGCUUACUCACUUGAGUGUUUAGACAGCCGCCAGAGGCCCUGUUUCUUUCCCCCCGUUUCCCCCCCAAAAGUGGGGCAGACCUUGUUAGUGGUUAUGCCCCGGCAACUGCCUCCUUUUUUAAGGCUUUCCAGUGGAGAGGAAAGUUGCUAUUUCAGAAUUAUCAUCAUCAUCAUCAUUAUUAUUUCCUGCCCAUUUGGCUAGGUUUUCCCCAGCCACUCUGGGCAGCUUACAGUGCUUCUGUCAUCAAAUUUCCCAUUAUUUGCUGGUCAUAGUUUUUACGCUGCUAUGUGGGUGAGUUCUGUUCUUUGUUGUCAUGUUAAAUUUAUGUUUGUUUGUUUAUAUUUUUUAAGGAGAAAAUCUUACGACCUUCACAUUUUUAUUUAUGCUUCUCUUAUUUAACAAAAUUUAUACACUGCUUGGUGGUAAGAACCUCUUAAGUGGUUUACAAAAAUAUAAAAUAAAACAUUUUAAAAAUAAAAUAAAAAUAAAAACAGUUAAAGAAGGUAUCUAAAAAUCUUCAAAAGGUGAUAAAUGUCAAAAAAAGCUAAAAAUAAAUAAGCAUGUAACUUCUACAUGUCUGGAUAGGCGUGCCUAAACUAAAAUGUUUUUAGCAGGUGGUAAAAAGAGUAAAACGAAGGCACCUGCCUGAUGUCAAUAGACAGGGAGUUCCAAAGUGUAAAUGUUGCCACGCUAAGCAGUUUCUUACAAGUGUAGAAUGAAUGUUAUGUGGCGCCUGUAACAGUUCCAGUUCCACAGAUUGAAGCAGUCAAGUGGGCACACAUGAGUAAGGGGUUCCUGCAAGUAAUUGUGCUUGGGAUUUUCAAUUUGUUUUCCCCACUUUGAGCAUUUUCUAUAGAUAUAUGGGAGAAUUAUGCUUUUGGUAAAUGGAAAAGAGAGCCCCCAGCCCCCAGUGAGGCUGAUGCUGGAGAUUUAUUUUUUUAAAAAAACACCUAAAACAACUUCAUGAAAUUAAGGGGUAAUACUUCUUUUAUCUGCCAGUUUUCUCUCCUUCUGUAUGUGCUUAAAAAGGCGCCUCUGGCUUAGUGCAGAACAGAGUGUUCAGCCUCUGAGAAGAAAUAGGAAAAGUCCACAAAGAAUUCCACAUCUCAACCUUCGCCAUCAUCCUUCCCUCUGAUGUUUUGCAUAACAUGGAUUGGACAUCUAGCUGUUUUUCAUUUUGUAAGGAUUUGAAGACUUGUCACCCUCCAUCCUUAAACAUGCUCUUUCUGCCUUUACUCCCUGACAGGUCAUGGAAUGCAGUGCAUAUGAAGGUUUUGAUGAACACAGGAUAGUGCGAGCCAUCAGGUAGAUGACACUAAGGAAGUCCCAGUAGGUUGAGGCACAAGGACCUAGGGAAUGUAUGCAGAUUAUUGGUUUUUUUUAACCUGAGGGGGACAGCAGAAUCAGGCAAUCACCUAGUUUUCACAUCAUGGUAAACCAUAGCUAGUUGAUUAUUGUGAGUCUGCUGAUGUCACUGACUUUGCUUUGGGGUGUGUGGAAGGAACAUACCACAAUCCCUGGUUUGGCGUUCUUGUUGUUACCUUCAUUACCUGCCCUUCACCAGCACGGACUUUAGUGCGAAUUUCUCCAAAUAAACAUUUUUUUGUAUGCAGUUUAGCCUAAUAUACAGUUUCCCCACGCCAUUUCCCCAAAUAUAAUGCAUUUUUCUUUGUUGUUUUCACUAAUGCAUACUUUACUGUGCAGUGUUUUUGUAUACCUUACUUGGCUGGACAGCUGCACUGCAAAAUUUGGGAAAGUGUGACUUUCGAAGAGUGGCUGUGUUUCAGUUUGCCUGUUGUUUCAAAAAGUGUGACUUCUGUAGGUUUGCCUUUAAAUGCAGACUGAACCUCAUUUCUUGCCCAGCCUUUCUUGAGAAGCCCGGGCUUGUGUUGUGUUAUCUUAUCUGAGGCAUAUGGCUUGUUGCCAUCUGAGCCAUUGGAGCAUUCCCUUGUCCCUCUGUCUGCCCUAGAAAUAACUCUCAGUGCCAUUCUCCAAGCUUGACUGCUUUUUAAAAAUAGCAUUUGUUAUCCCUCACUGGGGAUCUUCUUUCCCUUGGUGAACCUCAGGGCAAUCUUAUUUGAGAUGACCUUGGGGCAGGUAAAAAAAAAAUAUUUGGGUGAUUCGGAGGGAAUAAGCAGGGUGGUGUGGUUGACUUUCAUUGGGAUCCCCAAGAUUCCAGAGUCUGAGUUGCCUUUUCCUUGACACUUUCCAGAGUCACCUAGUAUGCAUUCCUCAUUCAUUAAUAUUUGCUGGGCAUGGUGUAUAUUCCCAUGCUUCCACAGUACUGUAAUAAAAUCAUCAUCUGGGAAGCAAGCAAGGUCUGUUCAGAGUGGCUCACAGUGUACAUUACAUUUACCACUGCAAAUUACCCACACCAUCACUUAGCUCUGCUUGAAUCAUUUAUUAAGUUAGGGUGCUCUGUAGCCUGGAUGUUGGAAAGGAUAAUGAACCCUCCAGUGGUGAGAGUGCCUGGGGGUGCAGUGUGGGAAAACUAUCCAGACCUUACAGGCUAAAUACAGAUCCCUUUGGGACAGGAUGCACUUUUUGCUUAAGGGUCUGUGUCACCCCGAUCUCAUUUCAUCUCUCUGCAGGCAUAAAGGGGUGUAAAUGACACUGACACUUGCUCUAAGCCUCUUUACACUGACAAUCCAAUGCAAAGCAGCCUUUGUGUAACCGAGAUCUCAUCGGCACUCUGUGUAUGUGUUUUUUCUUUCCAGAGGAUCAAUUAACCUGCAUUAGUUAAUGCAGUUUCGCCCUCCCUCCUCUUUUUCUGGCUUUUCCUUGGAGCCUUCUCCGCACAUCACAUAUUUAUGAUGCACCCACAAAUGUGGUAAUGCAAGCGCACACAGAUUAAUGAUGGGUGACCUACCCACCACACAGUUCAGAAUUGGCCUUGGCAAAAUGAGUGAUUUCCCUCGCCCCGAGAAAGUAAACAAAACCCCUUCAUUAUUUCUUGACCCUACUUCUGAAUUCCAAACUGCAUCGUGCUCCCUAUGACAUCGGGAGCACAACAGGACCAGACACCUCUCCAGCCUAAUCCUCCAGGUCUGAAUUCAGAAGAACCCAGGGUCAAUUUGUUAUUGAAUUGAGGCUGUUCAGACUUCAAGAGUUGGUUAUUCAGAACUUCCCAAGUUUGGAAUCUACUCUCAUCACUUAUAGAAAAACGUGCUGUAAGAAUCUGACAAAUGUAUGUUCAAGUUGGUUGUUAGUAUUCAUCUGUCUUGAGAGACAAUGGAGUGUGCCUCCGAGGGGGAAGCCAAACCACUGUGUUAGCAGCACCCAAGAUGUAGCACCACCAAAGUCUCCCCGGGACACAAGUCUGGGCAGUAUGUAUGGUGGUCCUGGGCUGACGAAACAACACAUCGCUGAUGUGUUAUGGUGGCAAGAAAGGCUGCAGGGCCACAUCUCUGUUCUAACCUAUUCACUGUGUGGAGGAUCCUCACAUAAUUUAGAGCCCUGAGCACUCAAGAGUUCCAGCUCCAUGGGAAUCCCCCACAUAUGGAGAAGAUACAGAUAUAUCUAGCUAGAUAGGUGUAGAUAUUGGGCUCAACACUGCAGUGGAAGAAUAAUAGGAGUAGAAGGAAUGUGGGGUCUUGGGGCCAAACACAUGGCCCCACAGCCCCAUUCACUUUGUUUGCCCUAUAUGCACAAGUAAAAAAGUAAGGUUAAGGACCCCUGGACGGUUAAGUCCAGUGAAAGGCAACAAUGGGAUGCAGCACUCAUCUCACUUUCAGGCUGAGGGAGCCGGUGUUUGUCCACAGACAGCUUUCUGGGUCAUGUGGCCAUCAUGACUAAACUGCGUCUGGUGCAAUGGGACACCAUGAUGAGAGCCAGAGUGCACAUAAAUGCUGUUUACUUUCCCGCAGCAGUGGUACCUAUUUAUCUACUCACACUGGUGUGCUUUCGAACUGCUAGGUUGGCAAGAGCUGGGACAAAGCAAUGGGAGUUCACCCCUUUGUGGGGAGUCGAACCGCCAACCUUCCACUCAGCAAGCCCAAGAGGCUCAGUGGUUUAGACCACAGCACCACUCGUGUCCCUUAGGUUGGUUGUUAACUGUUUUGGACAUCAGGCUUUUCCAUGAAUACAAACCCAGACAAUAUAGUUGCCCCAAGUGGGAUGCUGGCCAAGGCCCUCCAAGGAGUGUUAAUUUGGUAGUAAGUAAGGUUUGCUGCCAUGUAAUGUACAGUGGAAGAUGUCUCUCAAGUGAGUUCAAAAAGGCUCUGUUGGUUGCAGAGUCUUGGCAUGAGACUGUAUCCUUUGAUCAUCAUAGCCAUUUCUCCAGUAUGUGUUUUUUCUUCUUAAAGAAAAGGAUGAUUUGGCUCUUUUAUCAACCUUAAUCCAUUUAGGGCUGUCCAAUCCACCACACACUGUAAGUCAGCACAGCAGGGGGAGGAUGGUGUUUUUUAAUUUGGAUUUGAUAUCCCGCCUUUCACUCCCUUUAAGGAGUCUCAAGCGGCUAACAUCCUCCUUCCCCUUCCUCCCCCACAACAAACACUCUGUGAGGUGAGUGGGGCUGAGAGACUUCAGAGAAGUGUGACUGGCCCAAGGUCACCCAGCAGCUGCAUGUGGAGGAGCGGAGACGCGAACCCGGUUCCCCAGAUUAUGAGACUACCGCUCUUUUUGGCUGAUGUGGGCUUGCUUUCGGAAGGAAGCAAAUUAAUGGAGAUCCUCUCUUGCUCCUUCUGUGAGCAACACAUAGCAUGGCAGUUUCCCCAUGUGGAUAGGGUUCUGUCUUUCUUCGGCUGCAUCAUAUAAUGGUGUGUUAUGUACUACAAUCUACUUAGGAGAUGCAUAUUUUGCAGUGCAAGUACCAGGUGAUUUUGAGCGACUUUCAAACUAAACGGAAGUUUCACUGCAAAGAGAGAGGGACUGACCAAGGCAUGUGUGUGUUCAUUUAUUUUUCCUUCAUUUAGCUCUUUCACACAAUGCUAGCAUUUGAGCUUUAGCUCUGUAGUGUUUGUAACAUGAGCAGCACGGUUCCCAUGAUAUGUUUGCAAGGGGCAUUUCUGAGCAAUCGGAUGCAAUCUUUCAGUUCAUCCGAAGGUCACAGAGUGUUCAUAUUCAGUUGCCAUUUGCUCUUGGUCUCUUUGCACUGUGUUAUCAGACAGUUGUGUGAUUGGAGGCCUCCAUAUGGAGGUCUUCUCCAUUUGUGGGGGUGCUGUUGACAAUGAGGGUCCCGCAUAUUAUGACUCCACAUAACCUAGCCCUAUCGUCCCCUACUGACACUACUGUAUCUGUCUGUGAGGUUUAACUGGAGAUUGUGGGACACACUACUCCAUGUUCAGAGCCCACAGGUUCUCAGAGGGUCCAGGCUGUGCAGCUGCUCUUAUUGUGUUGAUAUGUGUAAGCUGUUGUAUAAUAACAGUUUUCAUGCACUUUCUAAACAGCUGCUUCACCACUUUGAUGCAUGACCAGAUUAGCCGCUCUUCUUGUUGUUUCAACAGACAUAUACCACACAGCAGGGUGUGAACAGUCCAGGCAUGAGAAAAUAAGCCUAGUUAAAAAAAAAAAAAGUUUUAAGAGCUAUAAUGGAGCAUUUUGUAUUUCUUAAUUUUCUUCUGCAUUUUUUUUAUAUAAGCAUUUUUUUAUAUAAGCAUUUAUAUAAACUUACAAACUCAUAUAAACUAACAUAUCUAUAUUUAAUAUAUGCACCCUAUAGAAACAUAUUAUUAUGCAUCCUAUAGAAACAUAUUAUUAUGAAAUAUAUUGUAUGUAUGUUUAUGUGUGUUAUAAACAUCUACCAUUUAGAAAAAGGGCAGCUUGCUGCAUCUAGUUUCUGUAGCUCUACUGUGGUGGCUUCCAGAUGGACUACAACUCCCAUCAGCUUGUAUUGGUUGGGGCUGCUGUGAAUUGUGGUCUGAAACAUCUGGAGGCAAUCACAUUGGAGAAGACAGUUAUAACAAAAUAAAGGGAGGGAAGGGGUCCUGGACCUUAAAAACACUUUGCACAGAAGAGUACCAUUCACAAGUACUGUAUUUUAUUAUACAGUGGUACCUCGGGUUACAUACGCUUCAGGUUACAUACGCUUCAGGUUACAGACUCCGCUAACCCAGAAAUAGUACCUUGGGUUAAGAACUUUGCUUCAGGAUGAGAACAGAAAUCGUGCUCCGGCGGCGCGGCAGCAGCAGAAGGCCCCAUUAGCUAAAGUGGUACCUCAGGUUAAGAACAGUUUCAGGUUAAGAACAGACCUCCGGAACGAAUUAAGUACUUAACCCGAGGUACCACUGUAUACAGUAUGUUAUUAAAAUUGUCAAAGAUUUCAAACACUCGAUUAAAAUGGCAAUAAAAAAUAAUGCAACAUUAUAAAUACAAAGGCUAAAAUGGAAGCAGCAGCCAUAAAACAGAACAAGCAUUAAAUACAGGAGCGCAUUAAAGUUACUCAUUCAAUGCCUGGACAAAUAAAUAAAUGAAAGUCUUCAUUCCAGGUACCAAAGUGAGCCGCUGGCAAGCUAACCUGCAUGGAGAGUUUUCCAAAGCUGCAGUGUCGCAACCAUCAGGCUCUCCACUUUCUGUGAAUGCCACUUUUGAAAGGACCUUGGAGACAGGGCUGCUGAUUGCAAACAAUCCAUAUAAUAACAUACCUUUCCCAUGAAGAGCUGUUUCCUGACCCACUGGUGCCAAGAUGUACCCACUUGAAAGUGCAAGGACCUUAGCAAUGGGCUUCCCUUGCUCCCUCACCACCGCCUUCCAUCUUUCUUUUGUCUAAGGUUCUGCACUUGAUCUUUGUGUGUGACUUUCAAUCAGUCAGAGCCCUAAUGGCCACAGCCUCGCAAUCUCUCUUAAUUUCAAGCAUAUUAGUACCGCACGCAAUCAGCCAAUCAUGCUAGUUGCCCCCUCAGCAGUGCUAAGAAUGUGAGAAGGGCAUGUAUAAUGAUAGGUACAGAGCAGAAAGCGCUCAGCUUGAUUGCCCUUUGGCCAGUGUUAAAUCAUUUCAAUGCAUGCAAACUGUGCGCUGCAAAGGACCAAAGCCAUGGUGCCAUGGAGUUGAGGGCACAUUUUUUAGUCUGGAGCUCUCAGUUGCUGUGAGCAGCACUGUUGAAAGGACAGUGAGUUAGGGCUACAAGUUUUCAAAUAAAGCAUUUCUAUAAAUAUCAUGCCUGAGACUAUAAAUUUCCAUCUGAACCAGGCAACAUUAGGUCAGGAGGUUUUAGUCUUUGCCAUGGGAUUUCUAGUACGUACGCCUAUACUCUGUGUGGCUCCUUCUUUUCCCCAGCUGGAAACUCUUAUGCACACUUCUCAUUUUUGGGUCAAUGGCUUGUAUACUUUAUGGGGCAGAGUGUGCAUAUAUGUGUAUCUACAUUAAGAGUCUGACUGUGAACCUCUGCUUGGUUCAGGUGUUCAGUGUUAGUGCUCAGUUAAAUAGAGCUCCUCCCCUUUUCCAGCUCCAAUCAGAAUUAGGCAGAAUAAGACCCUUCGUUAAGUCAGAACUCUGGCUUAGCUCAAUCAAGUUUAACACCCUCUUUAAAUUGGUUAAAAUUCAUGCAAGCACCCCUGCACUAUUUCAGGAUUAAGACAUACAGAAUAAUCAAAAUAACAAAUCCUGACCAGUAGAUUAAGUAAUAUUAAAUUAGCAAAUAGCUGAGGUCAAAUGUGUCUUUGGGAGCAAGGCACAUUUAUUUCUAUUCCUUUUGCCAGAGUUUGCCAAGAAGAACAAGCAAAUCAGCAGUGCAGAUUUGCAUCAGUGAGUUUGGAAAAAAAAACAUCGGAGCAAUCCUUUAAAUUACUUCCAGUGGCUGUGAUAUCUAAUACAAACAAUGGAGAUUUGAUCAUGUAGGCACUGCUGUUUUCAUACAUUUCAUGAAGAAGAGGAGCAGGUGAAGUUCAAAUGCACUCUCCGGAGAAUGAAAAUAUCUCACAGGGCAAGUCACUAUUGUGAUGCUUAAUUUCAUCCUAGGUGGGCUGGCUUAAAACUGUUUGUGGAGAGGCUACUGCCAGGUUAAAAGAUGCUACCUGAUAGAUCCCCUGGGUUGCCCUCCCACUCACUCCUGCUCAUCAUUCUUUCUCCGGUGUGGCAUCCUCAGCACAGGAUGCUCCAAGGAGCAGUUCACCUGAUUACCACCUCCCAUCACCUGCUUUGCUCCUCAUGGGGUUGCAGACACAGGGAAGUGCCCCAGCUGGGACAGAGCAUUGGUGGGUGGAUUAGCUAGCAGGCAGCUGCCUCCUUGCUUGCUGCCUGUCUCCUUGCUUAGUGGGGUUUGGCUGUGUUUUGUGCUGCUGUUGCCUGUAAGGGGAUGAGAUUCCUAGCUGGCUAGGCCCACCAUGAGUCCACUUCAGGGUACUGCGAAGCAACAGGCUAGCUGCCUGUUGCUUAAUUGAAAAUGGAACUGAGAGGAAGUGGGAAUGAGAAAUACGGUAGUUCAGAAAGACCCUGAGUUGAGCUGGGCAGCCUAUGAAGUGCCUCCGACUGAGGUAGGCUGUUUUCUGACAUACCAAAUCAAGGUCAGAAUUUAUGUAAAAAGUUGGGUCUCAGUAGGUGCUCCAUUAACUUUUUGUGGUUGAGUGGGCAAUGGAUCUGUGUUGGUCAUAGGAUUACCAUUGAAAAAGUACAUGAAAACCACUUGUUUCAACACGCAUGAAUUCACAAGAAUGCAUUUAGAAGUCAUCUUGUGUACACCUGGUUCCAUGCUGGAUUCUGCUGUUCCUUCUCUCCAACAUUCCUCCUCAUGAGAUUAUCAUUGCGUGAGAAGGGAGUGUGAGGCUCUGCUUCCUGGUUCCUUUCCUUCUGUUGUAAUUCUCAUAGCCCUCUAUGUGUUGGGAACUUUUUCUAUUCUAGGCUCCCCUUGUGAGUUCUGAAUAAGCUUGUAGCUAGAAUAAUAUAAAAUUGGGUCACUAAAAGGAUCCCAAAUGGCUGUGAGUCAACAUUUUCCUUAUUAGUUUGGAAAGUCAUGCAGGACCUUUUUAUACUACCACUUUGCAAGUGGAUCUCACCAUUGUCUGACUAGAAAAAUGCAAAGAAGGCUGUUUGAAUUGAACAUUAGUCUCUGUAAUGUCUGUGUCAGUGAUUCCCAUGCCAUAACAUGACUUGCAUGUUAUGAGACCUUACAAAAAAUUAUCUGAGAAUGGAAAAAAAUUGGAAGGGUUUGUGAUUGUGCUUGUACAACUGAGUGCCCACCUGUCAAGGUUUGACUCGGACGUAGGUCAGCAACAACAACAAAAAAUAUCACCCGAGGCCAGUUUUUAUUCAAGAAAACAAACCGCAGAGCUCCAGCUUAGUGGUCUCAGCAACUCUUCCUAAGAGGUCCUGCCCUGAGGAAGCAGUUGCAAGUACCCUUCUCUAUGACUCCUCCUUUUCAGGGUUUAACCCACACAGUCUCAAACUGUGUCUGUGCACAACUAACCUCUUUUCAUUUCUCUCUGUGUGCUUGGAGACCAAGGGGGAAGGGGAGCUGGUCGCAGCAGGAGGGGGAGGCUUCCUGGAUUCUUCAGCAAGCUCUUGACCCCCUCCUUUCCAGCCUCUGCUUCAGCCUCAGACUCUGAACUGCAUUUUAGCACAGACUCUUCUUGCUCACUAAACCCUGUCACCUGUUGCUGACACCUCUUCCUCGCAGCCUGCUCCUUCUCCCUCUAACCACUCAUCAUUGUCCCACCACCUCUACCCUGGUUCUGGGCCUUCCUUCCCAUGGGAGUUCCCUGGCUGGUGCCUCCCACCACUUCUCUGCAUCUAGCCAGUCCAUGGCAUCACCAUAAUAGCAUAGCUAUAAGACAGCAGAUGAUGCUGGGUAGGGAUAUAAGACGACAGCAAGUUCCAUUCCAAUCUGUAUUCAUCAUAAUCCACAUGGUUUCUGUUCUGCUGCAGUUCAGUUUCUGCCAAAUACUGUGUUAGCCAUCUCACAGUCCGCUAGUUAACAUAAGUUAUGCAAUUUAUGAAACUAUUCGUGUAACUUGCAUUCAUUUCAAUGUAAAGGAAAUGUCAAAAACAAUGUAUUCAAAGUAAUGAAUUAUGUAUCAUUUGCAUAUUUAAAACAACAUCAGUGCGAAUGAAUACAGAUUAUAUUGGCUGGACUGAGUUCCGUUCCUGACCACAGGUGAACAUACAACCUGCAGCCUUUCCACUUCCCUUUGCUGUUUUUGUCAGAAUCCUCCAGCAUCUCUACUGAGGGGAUGGUGCAGUUGGUCAUCAAGUAAACGGCAUCCAUUGAGACUCAUAGCUCUUCUCAUAUUAAGCAACAAGCCCUCUUGCUAAUGUGGCCCUAAUUUUGUCCCCAUGCUCCUCACAGAUGAAUUGAACAAGGGCAACACUGAGUCUGUGGGGGAUGAAACCAGCAGGCACUGCCAUACCCUGGGCUACAUCUAAGUAAGAAAGCAGGCAAGGAAGGGCUCUCUGAGGGUAGGUGGGGGUUGGUAGGGCAAUGCCUCAUCCACUGUCAUGGAUCGGCCCCCCACUACUGGCCUUGCUUAACAAAUACAACUCAGUAACAUGGUGCAUACACAAACUAUGCUCCCCCUUCUGUGCAUUCGCUACAGCCGUUUCAGAGUUUGGAAGGAGAUUAGUUCUCAUCCAAGAAGCCUUUCAGGCAGCCUCAUAGCAAAUACUGUACUGUGAUUCCUGAAGAACAAGCAAAUUAGAAUAGUGGGCCACAAUAAAACAAGAGUUUAAGAAUUGCUGUCAUAGAAUGACAGAUUAAAAUGCUUACAGAUAAAUCAUUAGAGAUCCAGUGUUAUGUUUUGACAAGGAACAGUUGUGAGCUGGCCCUGUGCCCAGGAAGGGCUCUCCAUCACCACAAACAACAUACACUCGCUCUCCAGCUCCCUGUUAAUAAAUUCUGAUUGGGCACUAAAGUUUUACAGCUUCUGUGGUUGUUCACUCUGGACCCCGUUAAAUCGCAGCAGGUGAUAUACAAGGCUGUGAAUUGUCGUUUCCCCCCCAUCCCUGGUAAAUUGAGACUGCACAGGCAAGAAGACUAUACUCUGCGACUGCUUGCUGUCCCUUAACAUUUCUACAUCCUCAUUCAUGGGACUGAAACUGCAUGGGUCGCGCUGACUGAUGAUCUCUGGUGGGCUAGGGACAAAGGUGAAAGCUGUUUUCUAUUGCUGCUGGAUCUCUCAGUGGCCUUUGAUACCAUUGACCAUGAAAUCCUUCUGGACCGCUUAGAGGAGCUGGGGGCACUGUUAUACAGUGGUUCCGCUCCUUCCUCCUGGGCCGUGCCCAGAAAAUGGUGUUGGAGGAUGAGUGUUCAGACCCCUGAGUGUUCAGACUUGUGGGGUGCCUCAGGGUUUCGUCCUCUCCCCCAUGCUUUUUAACAUCUAUAUAAAGCUACUGGGAGAGAUCAUCAGGGGGUUUGGGCUGGGUGUUCAUCAGUAUGCGGAUGAUACCCAGCUCUACCUCUCUUUUAAAUCUGAACCAGUGAAAGCGGUGGAUGUCCUGUGUGAGUGUCUGGAUGUGGUUGGAGGAUGGAUGGCAGCUAUAGGCUUGCUGUAGGAUCUGGCACUCUGGACAGCAGGCAAAAAAAGAAAGGAAACAAAAUGCAAGAACUUUAGGUGCUAGAAAUGCACUUUACAAUAAGUGCAACCUGUUUUGGGAAAAAUCACUUCUGCAAGGGCCCAUUUUUAACAACAUUUCUCACAUCCAAGGUAUAGAGCAGUUUGACUGUGAUCCCCAUAUAGAUGUAUUCCAGCUGGAGUUACAUGAAUGGACGCGCCCCUUUCACCUAUUGCCCGUUAGCUGCUGCUCUCAGCCAGUCAUUUUGUAGAGUCCAGAAAGAACUGGAAAAAGUUCCUAGCAGCAAGCUGCCUGGUGCAUCCUCUUCUCCCCAGUCUGCCUCACAGAACGUGACACAGUGCAAAUGUCCCAUUUAUCCUAUGAGUGGGCUACCCUGGCAAAAAUAGCUGCCACCACUGUCCUCAAGGGAAGAAGGGAAGAAUAAUACCUGACAGUCUUGCAGCUAAGGAGGACAGAAUGCUGGACUAGGCAGGUCUUUGGUUUCCUUCAGCAGCGAUCUUGUGCCCUUUUAACACUUUCCUGCCUUCCCAGAUUUCUGUUCAGGUGUUCUAUUCAACCCUUCAAAGAGAGGACUGUCCUCUGUAAAAUAAGCACCCAUGAUGUUAGCUGAAAUAUGAGGAGGGCAGGAGAGGGACUAAUAAUAAUAAUAAUAAUAAUAAUAAUAAUCCCACUGUUUCUGCAAAAAGGAUUAGCCUCUGUUUACAAGCUACUGUAUGUGUUAUUCUAGAGUUUUGUCUUGGGCAGUAUGAUUCACUGGUGCUUUUAGGCAGACGCUGUCCACUGUAAAUUUAAGUAGCUGUUUGUUUGUUUGUUUUCAUUUUUUAGAUGCCCUGAUGUUUGCCCUUCUUUGCAAAUACCGAGUCUAUAUGAGAUUGGCCAAUGCACAGACAAUAGCUGUGAAGCCCCAGUAGGAGGUAAGUAUCAUUAUUCAAAUACUUAUUUCUAUUAUUUCACAAGAAAGCCUGUUGUUAAAAGGCUGAAUGAAUCUUGGCAAAAUGGUGUGUUUUUUAAAGUGGCAGGAAUCUAUUUGGAACACACAGAUCUUCCUUUAUGCCACCAAUUCCCUUUUCCUGGGCUGAAUUUUGGACCAACUUAUUUUGGCACCAAAAAGAAGCUCAUUUUGCUCCGAAGUUAUUUGGACUAUAUUUGUACAACUACUUGUGAAAAGAGAAAAUACAAACAUAGUCGUUGUGUGCCAUGGACUACUGCAAUGCGCUCUAUGUGGGGCUACCUUUGAAGGUGACCUGGAAACUACAACUAAUCCAGAAUGUGGCAGCUAGACUGGUGACUGGGGGCGGCCGCCGAGACCACAUAACACCGGUCUUGAAAGACCUAUAUUGGCUCCCAGUACGUUUCCGAGCACAAUUCAAAGUGCUGGUGUUGACCUUUAAAGCCCUAAACGGCCUCGGCCCAGUAUACCUGAAGGAGCGUCUCCACCCCCAUCGUUCUGCCCGGACACUGAGGUCCAGCGCUGAGGGCCUUCUGGCAGUUCCCUCAUUGCGAGAAGCAAAGCUACAGGGAACCAGGCAGAGGGCCUUCUCCGUAGUGGUGCCCGCCCUGUGGAACGCCCUCCCAUCAGAUGUCAAAGAGAAAAACAACUACCUGACAUUCAGAAGACAUCUUAAGGCAGCCCUGUUCAGUGAAGUUUUUAAUGUGUGACAUUUUAGUGUAUUUUUGGUCUCUGUGGAAGCCGCCCAGAGUGGCUGGGGAAACCCAGCCAGAUGGGUGGGGUACAAAUAAUAAAUUAUUAUGAUUAUUAUUAUGGCUGUGUGAGGGCAUGGCCAUGUUCAGGCCUGGAUGCAGGCCCUGCCCCCAGCAUCUCUGGACAUACCUCUCCCUGUGUAUGUUGGCCUGACCUUCCCACUUUCAGAGGGAAAGGUCUUCCGGGACUUUAAUUUACAUUUGCUUGAAAGUAAAUCCUGGUUUAUCAGGAUCCCCAAUUGUGCCAUAUGCUCCACUCGUUUAGUUUUGAAAUGCUGAAAUAUGUUAAAAUAAAGCUUGUUUGUUCCAGAAACAGCAACUUGAUCUAGUCUGAGAUGCUGGGAUUUUUCUGACCUGUAGACAUGUGGAUCUUAAUGCAAUUUCUUUUUCCUUGGCAGAAUGAGUGAGAGGGACAUCCGAAGCUUGAGCAAAGGGGUAUUGGUGCUCUCUCUCUGCCUUAUAACGCUAUGGGGAAGGCUGACUCUAGCCUCAUCACACCACAGAAGCCAUUCAGGUAGGCCAAACAAUCUCUCUUGAAUCUGCCCUUGUUUUUUAUUGCAGCGCUUUGACUAAAGUGUGCGCGCAGGAUUAGACUUCUUGCAUCUCCAGACCUUCUGAGGACUUGCAAGAUGCUACCAACUGGACUUCUGAAGAAAGUUCAGUUUUUUAUGUUGAGAGGUUUAGAGCAGGAGUCACCCGUGUAUCCAGAGGUACCUCCUAUGGCACCUGCAAGAAGUCUCCAUAAAUACUCCUCAGAAAUCUGCAGUGCAGCAGAGAUUGUUUUCUCUUCCAGUUCAGUUGCUGUUUACACUGGUUUGGCUUCUCCUAUACACAGCAUCCAUUUUGUGACUGGUGCCCUUGGUACUUUCUCAGAAUUUCAAGUCUGUUCAAAAUUCCAGGUGUGAGGGGUGUACUCAGAUGUACUCUAGAGGCAGAACACCACCAUUAUUUUAGAAUUCUUUCUCAGAGCAUGCUCUCUCAAUGCUCUUAACAGCUGCAUAAAGCCAGCAGGUAUUUGACACUGGGCACAGAGGGAGGGGGAAGCCAGCCACUUACUGAACUCUGUAAAAAUGAACCUCAGACCCUCAUCCCUUCCUCCUCUCUGCAAAAGGCCAUUUUAAUGAUUGGAGAAGGUGGAAGAAACGACAUUACAUAGGUUCUUGCCUCAACACUGUCUCCUGCUGGGUGGAGUUCACAUGAGCACAUGAGGUUUGGCACCCGCCAAGUCUCAAAGAAGAGCCUGGCUGCAGGGUGAUUUCCUGGCUGCCCAAGCCAAGAAAGGCAUUGGCAAAUUGCGAGUGUACCUUAGGAAAAAAGAUGCACAAACUUCAGAACCCUUGAGUUUUUCCUCAACAUAAACCUCCUUUCUGAGACAGACUCAAGCCCCUUUCACAGCUAUAAUGUGCAUUGUGGAGAAUGGUGAGCAGCAUUGCAGCAGCAGGCUUAGUCCCUGAAUGACAGCCAUUCAUUGUAAUAUUUGAAAUGACUCCCACAUAUGUGAUUCUACACAUGGGCGGCUUUUCUCUGCUCGCUUGGUAGUCCUGUUUUUUCAGGGUUUCCAAAUGCAUGGACAGAGUUAUCUGUGUCUGCAGUUGUUCUCAUAGUAGUGUUUUCAGAAACUACAACGAAUGUGCAUGGGGUGGCUGGGUAGAACUUGCUGGAAUGCUGUAGCCACUCUCCCAUUUGUGCUUAUUGUACCUGAAAUAGCCUCUGAAAAUGACAUCAGGCAAAUGCAACUCCCAAGUGGACAUCUCUGUGACAGAGCUCAAUGUUCCAUGUGCAGAGAAGGGUCUUCUCCCUGCAAGAAGUGCAGUCACUUUGCUGCAAUAGGUAUCUGGUUGACCACUGUGAAAACAGGCUGGUGGAUGAGAUGAGUCUUUGGCAUGGUCUAGCGGGGCUCUUCUUAUGCUAUUAUUGUGUUUUAAAUGGAAUGCAAAACUCAACAAAAUCUGAUUCAGCUAAUGAUUUAUCAUGGAUGUGCAGGUGAUUCCUGCUUUGCUUCUCCCUUGCUGUCGGUGGGAACAAUAAACAUGACCUCUGGCUUAGCUUUAUGUUCAAACCAGGGUUGCUCCAAACAAACCAUGGUGUGUAGCCAAGGUGUGUUAUUGAGAGUUAAGAGUUUGAGCAAAAUAAACCACUAUUCCUGGUUCAGAUGUCAGGAUACUCCAGGUAUUGUGUAUUAUUGCUUGUGCUAGGUGAGGAGCAAAGCAGGAGUCAUCUCUGCUCUUGUGGUGUACCAUUAACUACUGUAUGGUUCACUCAGAUGUGUCAGCUGGGCAAUAACAAACUAUGGAGAACUUCUGCUCACUAAGGUAUAAAACUAUUGUCUGUCCCUCACCCCCCAAGCUUAGGGCUUUCAGCUGAAGCUUAGCCUUAUGAUAUUUACAUUUUGACCUGUUCAUUGUGUCCCGUGGGAAUACUGUAGCGACAUGCCUUUUUGCCAGAACAAGUACCUCAGAAAUCGAUGAAUGUUCCCAUGAUUCUUGUAUUUUAGUUUUUGGAUUUUAAAACUGAUUCUUAGGUUUUAAUUCUAAGGAACUGGAAGUGUUCUUUAGUUGGGUUAAUUCUUUAUUUGUGUUAGUCAUAGGGCUGACUCAAGUUGCAAAUCCCACAAAUUUUCUUAUCGUGGGUAGCCAUUUGGUCAUCGCUGGUAUUUUCCUCGGCUGUUGACUCAGUUUUGCAGCCUGUAAUUUCUGUUGCAUUUCUGGCCUGGUGCUGUAUAUGCAGGUGGCAGUUCUUGUCAAGAGUGCUUUCUGCCCGUUCCAACUUAUUUCAGCCUGCAGCCUGACUUGGAGAGAUUACCACCAUAUGUAUGUCUUUGCUGCAGCGAAGCUUGGUUAAGAUUAGAAGUCAUAUUAUGGCUUUAUUCCUUGAAACUUCAUCUGAUGGAGAAUGUGAGGAGCUUUGGUAUCUGGCACUUCCACAAACUGUACCUAGUUACAAGUUUAUUUUUCUGUCUAUUUGAAGGUACAGUUCUAAUGCUUAAAGCUGUAAACAGCUUUGAAUCAGACUCCCCCCCAAAUCACUAAACAAUCUACUCUCCUGGCCUUACUUGCCUUACUAUCGCUAGAUUUGGCCCCAAAUUCUACCCUUAAAUCUAAAGCAUUAAUUUCCUUCCUGUUCAGAGCAGCUAAACUAGUUAUUGCCCAACGAUGGAAGAAAGCCUCUAAUAUACCAAUAAAGGCUUGGAUUAAUAACACCUGGAGCAUUGCUUUAUUAGAAUGCCUCACAUACCAUUGGCAACUAAUCAAAGGCAUCUCCAAGAAAGAUACCUUUGGCAUGAUUUGGUCUCCUUUUUUCUCUUUUAUUGAAAAAGAACAGGAUAUUUUAAUGUCACCAUCAUCACAGAGGUGCUGUGGAGGGGAUAUAUUAAUUUAAAAUGUCCAGUAAACCAGAUUGAUAGUAUUUGGUGAGCCAACAUGACAGUGACAUGGGACUGAGGAAUGGAGUGAUCAUUCUGUGAUAUUAUGGUGAUAUUAUGGCAGUGGAUGAAGCUGUGUUGUAACUUUUGAAUAAAUGUGUUUUAAUAAAGAGGGGGAGAGAGAGCUUUUCCUGGAGUCUUUAAAGCAGUGGCAUAGGCAAUUCGUGGGACGCAGGUGGCGCUGUGGUCUAAACCACUGAGCCUCUUGGGUUUGCCGAUCAGAAGGUUGGCUGUUCGAAUCCCCGCGACGGGGUGAGCUCCCGUUGUUCGGUCUCAGCUCCUGCCAACCUAGCAGUUCAAAAGCACAUCAAAGUGCAAGUAGAUAAAUAGGUACCAUUCCGGCAGGAAGGUAAAUGGCGUUUCUGUGUGCUUCUCUGGUUUCGCCAGAAGUGGCUUAGUCAUACUAGCCACAUGACCCGGAAAAACGGUCUGCGGACAAACGCCGGCUCCCUCAGCCUGUAAAGCAAGAUGAGCGCCGCAACCCCAGAGUCAUCUGCAACUGGACAUAACUGUCAGGGGUCCCUUUGCCAAUUUUUAUUGGCAAUUCAGGCAUGUUUUAUAGGCGCUGCUAUGCAAUUAUGCCAAAUAAGGCAAAGGGGUCCCUUGAUGUUCUUUCAGACUGGGACCUGCAUACAAAGAACAACAAGAAUAAUGUCUUGAAAUGUAUUCAGCCUUAAAAAGCAGCGGUACAAUGUGUGUGCUUUUGCUGUUAGGAAUAUGCAUCUAGGAAUAUGAAUCUAUACCUGACCUACUUGCUUCUGUCAUUGUCAGCAUGGGUCAUUCCCAAGUAUGCCGUUGGGUGGAGGAUGAGCUUCUGCUACACACAGAGUCAUCUAAACAUGGCAAUGUAGAAUUUAGAUUUUUCAGAGGUGGGCAGUCGUGAACAUAGUUAGCACACAACGGCAUUAAUGUGUCGUGCAUGCCAAAAACCUGUCCCACUGUUUUCUGCUGUAUCUGAACCGAGAGCUAUGGAGCUGCAGGCAGUUGGAGUUCAGGAUAUGAGGACUUCAAAGGAUUUCUGCCUGAGACUUGCUUCCCUAAUUGCUCCAUGCUACAGGGAGCAAUUAAAAGUGAGUAGCUGCCCUGGUGCUCUUCCUAUUCACAGGCUUGGGGGAGCCUCUUUAGUUUACCGCAGGUGCCUAAAUCCCAUUUCUGCUGUCUAGCAUGUGUCUCGAAGUGUGGUUGGAAUUUAGAGAAAGAGAGAUGCAUAAUAAACACCUGUCUGCGGGGAAUAAAGGCAAAUGAUGCUCCCGUCUCAGAGGUAUGCUUGCAUUGUAGCCAUCCAAUUUGCAAAAAAACAACAACAAAACAUUUCUGUUUUCCACAUCAUUUAAAAGAGAAGUUCUUUCUUUCGAUGGGGAAAGCUGGUGGAACUUGGGCAAAUUAAUCUCCUGAUUUGGAUCUCAAUUCCAUCCAUGUCUGUGGCGUACUUGCAUCUCACACUGCAGUAAUGCCUCUACAGUUUGUGUUUCUGCCCUUGGUUUCUGCCCAGCAUGGUCUGGCAUUAAGGCAAUCAAGCUUGGUGACCCUUCCCUGCGUUUUGGCAUAGGAACUGUGUUCUAAACUUGCUUCUGUGCAUAAUAAAGUGGGAGGGCCAUGUGCACAUAGCGAGCUCUGUGAAAGGCACACAGAUUAUUUCCAAGAUCAUAGAAUUGUUGAGUUGGAAGGAAUCCUUAGGGUCAUCUAGUCCAGCCUCCUGCAAUGCAGGAAUCUCAGCUAAAGUAUCCAUGACAGAUGACCAUCCAAGCUCUGCUUAAAAACCUCCAAGCCCACCACAUCUUCCAAGGGAGUCCAUUCCACUGUCAAACAGCUCAUACUGUCAGAAAGUUCUUUCUGAUGUUGAUUUGGAAUCUCCUUUUUUUAGCUUGAAUCCAUUGGUUCGGGUCCUGCCUUCUGGAGCAGGAGAAAACAAGCCUGCUCCAUCUUUCAUUUCCUUUAAAAGUUGCAAUACUCCUGGUUUUGCUCCACCCCGCUUAGGGCUAGAUUAAAGAGUCCAUACGUAGGAAUUACCGUAUUUUUCGCUCUAUAAGACGCACCAGACCACAAGACGCACCUAGUUUUUGGAGGAGAAAAACAAGAAAAAAAAAAUAUUCAGAAUCUCAGAAGCCAGAACAGCAAGAGGGAUCAUCCGCUGCACAGCGAAAGCAGCAAUCCCUCUUGCUGUUCUAGCUUCUGGGAUAGCUGCGCAGCCUGCAUUCGCUCCAUAAGACACACACACAUUUCCCCUUACUUUUUAGGAGGGAAAAAGUGAGUCUUAUAGAGCAAAAAAUACGGUACUUACAGAAGUACUCCCAUGUGUGGUGAUUAUUUAUUUAUUUAUGUGUGUAUCUAUGUAUUUAUUUAUCAAGUUCUCUGUACUACUUCUGUGGAAAAUGUGGUACAUAAUAAACCAAUAAUGCACUGCAUUCAGUUUUACAUAUGAGCACAGAAAAUUACUUUAGGCCUUCUCAGUCUGUAGAUUCUUCCCGUCUGCAUCCAGAAGCUGCUGAUUUUACCAUCUGUGGGACAUAUUUGGGCCACACAUUGAUGUUUUUCAAUUUAAUUUUAGCAAUGUAAAUUUGUGCAUCAAGUAUAUGAGGGAAGAUGCAGAAGAGUUAGACUGCAGCUGCAUUUGCUAAUGUAUGACCUUAUGUAGACCCCUGUUCCACUUCUGCCAUUCCCUGCUAUAGAUAAAACAAUUCUAAUCCUAUAAUCCCUGAUAUCACUGCUCACAACUAACCUAUAUCUCCCAGUGUGACUAUUCCAAACAAUCAAUGAGCAUUCGGCCCCUUUAUCAUCUUGCUAACCUGCAGCCAGGUACAUAUGAAGAUAAACGUAACAAUAAUAAUAUCAUAUUUGGAGAGAAUGCAGAACUUGCCUACAAUAGUUGCAGUUUCUGCAAGUGAUCUCAUGGGCGCGAUCCAUCAGGGGAUUCCUAGGAAGGAGAACAGUUGCUGUAAAUGAAGAUAGCCUCAGUUUUGGGAAGAUUUUGCAUAGGGGGAGCUGGCAUUCUGUGGAUAGGAAAGGCUUGCAGUAUUUAGAUAUUCAUCAUAUUUGCAUGUCACAGCAAGCCAUAAGACAUAGCUUACUGUGUGAUUUGCUUCCUGACGCUCCCUGCCCUUGCUAGAAGGAAAGAAACCAUGACUGCUGACUCAGAAUCAUAUCAGGAAAAAAGGGAUUGAGGUUUGGUUUGCUCUGUAGCUAAGGGUUGUUUUUUUUGGCUUAUUGAUUGCAGUUUGUUUGUAUUUUGAGCAAAGCCGUGAUCCCUGAUUUGGGCAAGGUACUGAGCUUUGUUUCCACCUUGUAUCAUCAUGACACUAGGUGACUUAACUUCAAAGGAAGCGCCAAAUGUUGGAGGGAUUAGCUCUGAAGGAGAAGUGGUCCUAGUAAGUAAUGGAUCUGAUCUUUUGCUACUCUGUACAGAUCUGGCCUCAAAACUCUGUGAACCACCCUGACAUCUUAUGAUGACUGGCAGUAUAUAAAUCUAAUAAGUAAAAUAAAAUCAGAAUUAAAAAUUAAUUUGGUGCCCAAUUCAGAAGGCAAACCCUUUUCAUGAGUCCCAUUGAGAUUUCUUUGCAGGGCUUUUCUGAAGCGGGAGGAGGAUUGGGAUGAGAAUGCAGAGCUUGGAUCUAGGGGAAGGGCCCUGUGGUUUGGGAGGUGCUGAUCUGGAUGCUAGGGAGAGGUUCGGUGAGUUGCCUGGAGACAGUCACAACUCAGUAUCAUCAGAUGCCCCAAAUGUCAUGGUAGAUCCUCCUGAUGUGAUUGUGCUUCCUGAAGCUAAAUUGGAUAGUGAGCUGGCUAUGCUGCCUCCUUCUCGAAGGAUGUUGUGAUGGCUGAGACCAUGCAAGUAGAUCCAACCUACUUGCAGGAGUGCCUGCUUGCUUGCCCAGUCCUGUGGCUCAGGACAACCACCACACAGAUGACUGCUCUUCCAAAGGGAAGCUCAUUUACACAUCAAAUGUUGGAACCAAAUCUUAACAUGCAUCUAGCUUGUUCUUUAGAGCUCUGCUAUGAACUUCUGAACCAUGUAACCCAGGCUUCCUCAAACUCAGCCCUCCAGAUGUUUUUAGACUACAGUUCCCACCAUCCAUGACCACUGGUCCUGCUAGCUAGGGAUUAUGGGAGUUGUAGGCCAAAAACAUCUGGAGGGCCGAGUUUGAGGAAGCCUGGUGUUACCUGUAGCCUGAUCUAUGUUUUGGCAUUGUAGUGAUUUUUGGAAUAAAGCAACAACUGAGCUGUGAGUCCAAGACAGGCAAAAACACCCAAGCAGGCUGCAAUGCAGGGCCAGGGAGGGGUGUGGCUUGAAGAAAGGAGGUGGAGCCUGGGGAGAAUUCCGAGCACCUGGUUAAUAAGCUGGGAGGGCUGCAUUUGGCCCUGGGCCUGAGAUUCUCCGCUCCUGCUGGUAAAUAGCUUGAUUGCUUUGUGAAUGUAUCCACUAGAUUUCCUGCUGUGGAACAGAGCACCUGUUAAAGAUCUGCCCACUCACACACUCCCCACUCCUCAUCAACAGUGAUGGAUUUUUAUUAAAGUAAGAAUGGUAUUAUGAUGAGGACUAAUGAUCACAAGCCAAAGCUGCUUGACUGCAUCCAUUUAGGCAACUUAGGCUGGAAAUUCAUUGCCUUGCUGAGCCUAAUGCCACCCCUAUUUCAUGUGGAAAUACCUUAAUCGCAUUGUUUGAUGUAUGCAUCUAUUUAAAUGCAGCUGCUUGUUGAAAGCAGCUCUGUGGUGCCUUCUCAUCGUGCGCUGCUUGGGCCUGACUGAUUGGAUUCAGUUUCAGAAAACCGAUUUUAGAAAAAUGAUUGUUCUUGAACAAGCACAUGCUGAACAGGAAGGUGGCGAUUAGACAAGGCGACAGAUCUAAAAGCCCUAAACCGUCAUCUCGUUUCCAGAUUCCUAAGUAAAGAAAUCUAUUUUGUUUAAAUGCCAUAGAAUUAGUGAGGGGGUCUACCUCUCUUAGCUCACAUUGGAUUGGACUGGAAAAUAAGUAAUGUUUGUUGUUGUUUUUUAAAGGAGGGGGACAUAAUAGCUGACUUUUGGAGCCAUAGCUUUGGAUAUCAAAUUUGGAAUUGCUGUGGAAAUGGGAAAAGUUACAUGUCUGAAGUAGCCCUUUUUUCCUUGUGCACUAACAGCCUGAUGGAAAAGAGAGGAUAGUGAAUGCUGGAUAUGAUUGUUCAGCUGCUGCCACAGCUGGGUAAAUGUUGUGGGAGGGGGAAGUGUAUGGAGGCAUUGGAAAUGGUAGAUGAGUACACUGGAAAUUCUUCUCCGGGUUGGAUUUUAAUCUGAGACAGAUAAGAAUUUGGGGGGCCUCUCAUAGAAUCAUAGAAUUGCAAAGUUGGAAGGGGCCCCAAGGGUCAUCUGAUCUAACCCCCUGCAAUGCAGGAAUCUCAACUAGUUUAUACAUGACAGAUGGCCAUCCAACCUCUCCUUUUGAAGUGACAAUUAUAAGCUCCUGAAUCUUGUAAUGCUCACCUCUCCUUUGAGCAAUGAGGUCAGUAUCUAUGCUGGUGAACUUCACUAGCAGUUUUACUUGGAGUCAACAAAACCAUCGUCCUUUUCUGUGUAGAUUUUGUACAGUGGCUCUACAUAGCCUCUAGUAGUAUGCUUAAGCUGGGAACCAUUGAUUAUGUUUAUUGUAAUAGGUUUUAGUGUUUCUGUUGGGUUCGUAAGUAGCUUUGAGUAAUUUCUAUGAGUAAAGUGUCAUUUCUGCCUCUGGCAGGGAACAGUGCAGCUGCUCCCUUUGAGGGUCUGGAUCUGGGCAAGAGUCUGUCAGUUGCAGGACCUCUACCACAGAAUUUGCUAGAGGGGUCUGGGUAGCUUUCCUCUACGGACGAUGGCAAAGAGCAGAGAGAUCACUCUGGUUGGCACCUGUAAGUCUAGAAAGAAACCCUUCUCCUGGAAUAGAAGCUGUUGGGUUUGAAACUGUUUCAGAGGAUCUUUGUACUGUGUGGCCACCCAAUUCAACCAGUCCAUAUUUAUUUAUAUAUUUAAAAUAUGUUUAUAUUGCCCGUGGUCAUACUGGAUUACUGGAAAGCUGUGAUUGGCAGAGAGUUUUCAGUAUCUAUAUGUGAGAUAAGAUGGAAUUUAUGCAUACAGUCCUCACCCAGGAUGGUUUAUAUGGUUUAGCUACAACUGCAGGACAACCAUUUUGCCAGACUGAUGGCAGACAUUCAUGUGCAUACUUCAUAUAAACCGUGGCAUAAAAGCUGAGUGCAUGUAUCAUCCCCAUGCAGAUUAUUUUUGCAAUAUGCUCUGCAGUUUAUGUGACAAGAUGAUAAAAAUAUGUUUCCCCCCCCCCCCACUCUGUGCUCAGUUAAGGUGUUAGUAGUAAUGAGCAGUAAAAACAGGUCUAGUUCUCUCUAGUAGCCAUUUAAUAAUACAUGUGUGAAAGGCAGAAGUGAGUUUAAAAACUUUAAUUAUUCAUUGAAUAUUAGUAGUAGCGAUGUGCUGUGCCGAGCACGGAAUACAGAUUUCUCACUUGGCCUCUAACUGGGAUGGAAAUGAGCGUGGGAUCUUUCUGUGGUAGAAUUCAUUAUCUGGUUUGAUGUUUGGCUGUCGGAGAGCUAAGGAGCAGACGUUUACCACAUCUCAGGUCAGUAGCCUGAAAAGCUUAGAAUCAUUAGCAGUGUGGUGGUAGUGCCAAAAGAAAGAUGGGGGCCGCUCCAACCAUAUACUGAAAAGCACUGAUUCUACUGUGGAAUGCAUAAGGUAAAGGGUAAAGGGACCCCUGACCAUUAGGUCCAGUCACGGACAACUCUGGGGUUGUGGCGCUCAUCUCGCUUUAUUGGCCGAGGGAGCCGGCAUACAGCUUCCGGGUCAUGUGGCCAGCAUGACUAAGCCACUUCUGGUGAAUGAGAGCAGUGCACGGAAACGCCAUUUACCUUCCCGCUGGAGUGGUACCUAUUUAUCUACUUCCACUUUGACAUGCUUUCGAACUGCUAGGUUGGCAGGAUCUGGAAUGCAUAAAUCAUGGCAAAAAUAGCACAGACCCCAUUCAGUUUGGGACCUGAAUUUCGAGGUGGUCCCAAUCUGACUCAGGAUGAUCCAGCAAUGACCCAACCUGUAUCCAUGCCCUGAAUCAAAUAAAGGGGGCUUGCACAAUGUUUAUUUAGGGGUUUAAGCCACAAUUAAGCAUGUGGCUGGGAGUGGAGAGGGGAGGAGACACAGGCAUCUUAUGUUUCCUUCAUUACCCCAUUUCCUCAUCACCCAACUUUUGACCAUCCUGGCUUGUUCCAGGUGGAUCUGAUCCAACCUGGUGCAAUUCAGGGCUGCCUCAACCUCCUCCAGCUGAAUUUCAGGUUGGCAUGAAUUGGACUGAUUUGGUUUGGGACCUGAGUUUUGGCUGCAACAGUUCCACCGAGCCUAAAAAGCAGCCUAUUGUUUGAUCUAGAGCAGGGGCCCAGGGUGUGUUUUGCUGCAGUAGCAGAAUCUAGCCCACUUCGCUGCCUGCACUGCCGCUGGCCCCACCACUACAACAACUGCAUUUCACCUGCAGCUGUGCCUUUUCUGCUACCACAAUGCUUGUUGAAUCAUGCUUGUUGAAUCUAAUUCAUAUCUUACUAGGAUUCCAAGGGGUACCAGUCACUUUAUUAAAAAAAUAAAUAAAUACCAGAAAUGCAAGUUUUAGAUGUGUGUGUAUUUUAACAGGAAACCCAAGAUUUACCAAGCAGAGCCAGAUGGAAAAGAGGCAGAUUUUGAAGAAGAGGGUUCCUUUGAGCAUAUUAUGAGUCAAGGGAGUUGUUUUCAGUAGCAGAACUGAACUGAGCUCAUAAUUCUUGGACUCAAAAGUCCACUCCCAUUUAUUUAUUUCAGCAGCCUAUUUUCAGUGGGCAAAGUAGUUUUAUUGAUGUUAUUGCCAUCAUGGCAGACAAUCUUCCCCCUUCUCUCGAGAAGGACCAGUGACAGAACAUCAGCUUUGCAUGCAAGAAGGUCCCAUGUUCAGUCUCUCGCAUCUCCCCUGCCUGACACCUUGGAGAGCUGCUCCCAGUCCUGAUGUAGGCAAUACUGAACUAGAUGGAAGAAUGGUCUGACUCUGUAUAAGGCUGAAGCAAGACUGAGCAAGCAGAGGGUUCUUGCUUUGGCUGCUGCUGAUGUUUAUGAGGAAUGAACAUGUAAUUCCUCCUGAUUCUCAGCCUCGCUUCCAUGGCUAGCCCUUCUCUUCUGGAACGAGGGGUGGAAGCAGGCUACUGAUCCUGUUUAAAGCAGCAAGUAGAAGUGAACUAGUUGUUCCCACCUUGAUCAGGCUUGCAAUUGGGGGCGGGGACAGGGGUUGCAGAGAGAAGGAAAGCCUGCUCUGCCUCCCCUCCCUUUUUCCUUUUACCCAGAAACGCAGCAAUAAAACUGCUAGCACAGUUGCAAAGCUAGGCAGUGUCCAGUAUGGUUUCAGAUAGAUAUUAGAUAGAAUGUGGGACUGCGUGUUGAAAUUUCUGCAUUGCAGGGGCUUGGACUAAGAUGAUUCUCAGGAUCCCUUCCAAAUCUACAAUUCUAUGAUUCUAUGAGUAGUGUUCUGGAAGAGAAAUUAUCCCACACUGUAUGUCAAAGGCAGAAGUGGUAUUUCACACCCACUACAGACACCAGAUAUUUAGGGCCACCCCCAGCAAAUGUUUCCAUUCUUCAUGCCUCAUAUUCGCCAAGCAUUGAAUAAGUAAAACUUUUUUCAAGAGAGUGAGGCUGGCUUGUGGGAAACCACGUGAAAACACAGGGGGGUGGUUGUUUUCAAAGAAAAAACUGCCUGUAGGUGCCUGUGGAUCCUGGCUAACAUCAUGUGUUCAGAGCAGAAGUGGGAACACACUGAAUCCAGAUUAACCACUAAGAUUAAUAUAUACGGAGCCGAAGACUAUGUAUCACACAUGGGAGACAGAAUUCCCCAGUGUGAGUUAAGUCUGGCAAUACAGUAAUUGUCUGUGCAUUUCUUAAAACAAUUUGUGGAUGCUGCUGUUUCUGUCUGUCUGUAUUUGUGUGACAAGUGAUCUGAGGAGCAAUUGCAGAUCUCUAGAGAAAGACUUUGUCCUUCCAAGUAAUGGCACAAAGAAUGUGUUUGGCUGCUCAGUUAAAGGUCAGUCAGAAUCGGGCAUGGUUUUAAUGUUAUUUUGUACAUCCAGGCUUCAAAAGCUCUGUGCUUUUACAAUGCAUAUAUGCUCCUGCAAGAUAAUGUGUUUUUUCCCCAAAGUUCUGGAGGGAAAAUAACAGCAAAACUGGAGUGAAAAGCAUUGCAUACAGUGCAGGAAAUUGUCCCAGGCUCUCAAAGGGUUUCCUGCUGCUCAGCAUUAAACACUCUCUGAUUUGCCUUCUCAGAUAGAACUGAUAGGAGGUUUCUUCCAGCUCAGCAAGAAACGGAAAGGGGGGCAGUUGCAGGAGAAGAAAAAACUAUUACUCUCAUUAUACAUGCUCUCUAGAGCAGGAUCCUCUCUUUGCACAGAUGCAUAAUAUGAAAUGAAAGCCGCAUGCAGAUCACUGGAGUUUUGUGGCAGUGUUAGCUGCCACUAACAAGAUAGACCCAAUCCCACUGUCAUCUGGCCAUUACCAUCUAUGCCCCAAUGUGUGACCAUGAAUAUACUCCCCCUGACUAGGGAUGUUUCAAGAAUUUGUUUUUUGCAAAUAUGAACCACUUGAUCUGCAUCUCUUCUUUAUCUUAUUUAUUUAUUUAUUAACUUUCUAUACUGCCCUUCAUCCAAAGAUUUCAGGGCAGUUUACAAUAUAAAAGCACAAAAACACAUACAAUUAUAACAAACGAAAAUUAUAUUCCCCACCACAGUUUAAGAGGCCAUAGAUUGUUUAAUUAGCCAAAGGCCUGGGAGAAGAGGAAUGCUUUUUCUGGGUGCCUAAAGAUAUGUAACAAAGGCACAGAAAAGGCCCGUUCUAUGUUGCCGUCCUUUGAACUUUUCUGGGCACACAAAGAAGGCUCUUAGAUUAUAGUUGCAGGGUCUGGGUCAGAUACAUCCUUGAGGAAUUGCGGUCCUGAGCUGUUUAAGGCUUUAUAGGUCAAAACAAGCACUUUUAAUUGUGCCUGGAGAUGAAUUGGCAGCCAAUGCAGUUGGGCCAGGAUUAUAGAAUUUUGAGGCUGCAAAAUAAUCUCUUGAGGCUGAUUCAAUUUAAGCACAUGGGAUCCCACAACUGGAUAUUCUAUAUAAUUUAAAGUCAUGGCAUUCCAAAUUAGAGGAUCAAUUUGCUUGUUAAUUGUACCCAUUGUUAUGGUAUGAGGUUCCAUUACAUUAUGCUUUUCAAUUCUGGCAUCAUAGUCUACAGAUUUAAGCUGAAUAUAUCCUUUUUCAAAUCACAGUAUGUUUCUUUCAAAGGAAACAGCCAAUAUGGGGGUCCAGCAGUACCUAUUUUACUUGUUUUAACAAACCCCCUAAAGUUCUUCCAAUUAAAAGUAGUUAUUGAGUACUCUUGUUUCGUAGAAGAAGCCGUGGUUAAGGAUAAACUGUCGGCAGAUCCCCACUCUCUCUUAGUUAACACAACAAUUUGGAACUGUACUGGAGAAUUAGGUGCCCAGGUAACUGCAGAAACUACCAUGAUGUUGCAGAAUGGUUCCUCAAAAAUAUAAUAUCCAUGGGUGACAUUAAAUUGAGGAUGACAGAGAAGCUUGGAAUUCCAGGCAUCAUCCUUCUCCACAAAGCAAUAGUUUACAGAUAACUCUUCCUCUCCAAAAGUCUACUUAAUCAGCAGGGUGUUAUCACACUGAGUGGUAGACACAAUUGAAAGUGGAUGGGGGGGGGGACCAGGAACUUUUCCUUUCAUGGAUUUUCUCAUUGGGUCUGUCGGUUCGUAUUUCAGCUUCAUGUCACUCUUCCAUCCUCAAAGCACUUCCAAAAAUUAGCAAUCUCCCACACCUCAAGCGUCACUUGUAUUGUUGUUGUUGUUUAGUCAUUUAGUCGUAUCCAACUCUUCGUGACCAGAGCACGCCAGGCACUCCUGUCUUCCACUGCCUCCCACAGUUUGGUAAAACUCAUGCUGGUAGCUUUGAGAACACUGUCCAACCAUCUCGUCCUCUGUCGUCCCCUUCUCCUUGUGCCCGCAAUCUUUCCCAACAUCAGGGUCUUUUCCAGGGAGUCUUCUCUUCUCAGUCACUUGUAUUAGUCUAGGUAUUAUGCAUCUGGGGGCAUAAUCUGUCCUUAAGGUGAAAAGUGUGUUGGUUCCUUGAGAGUGUUGAUUAAGUCUCUUGGACUACUAAUAUGCAGAUCAGGAAGCAGAUUAUCCUUCAGAUUUCACACUUCUCUGGUUUUGCAAAGCACUUCUUGACUCAGAUCCCCCCAUCAAAAUGUACCGUAUUUCGAUAUGCGUAUGUCACGAGAUAUGCAUUUGAAAACCCUUUGAUUAGGUUAUUCCCCCCCCCUUUUCCUCCCUGCAUGUGCCCCAGGUGAAUGAAGAAAGGAGUGGUGAUUGCCAUCUUGGUAUGCACGCACCCAAAACAUCACUGGGCAAGUGUGGCUACACGGCCUCCAUUGCUGGGGGGCUCUACAGCUGUUUUCAAAUGGACACACUGAAGGGUAGUACAGAAUCAGUCUGCAAUGAGCUUUUAUUUUUUGGAAUGAAACCAGUUUCCCAAAAAGCUCUUUUCAGGGGUAAGAAAUAUGCAAUAGAUCUAGAUUGUGUGCGGAUUAUGUAGGAAAAAAGUACUUGGCCAUCAGUGAUUGUAGAAUAAAACAUUGUGCGUAUGCAGCCCAAGUCAUCUUAUGAUGCUGAAGCAGAGAUGGCAUUUCUAAGGAGCUGAUGUCAGUGGGUCUGGUCUGAGCAUGACUUAGUCAAAUACCACCCAUUAAUUAUACAAGUAGCAGAUAACACAAAGAGCAGAUGAAAACCAGCACAUGAUUUUUUUAAAAAGUUAAGCUUCUACUUUUAUCAUAUUCCACUCACCUAUCUGCCAAAUAAUUCUUUAAAUUGUCAUAGUGCUGUGUAACAGUUUAUCUUCCAUUGUGAAUUGAAACCCCUCUUUACGCUGGUUAUGUGUACUUUUCGUAAUGUUCCUUUCAAAACUACAGCAGACUAUCUGUGCAAUAAAGUUUGCACAGGGAAAUAAAGUGUUCAUGAUUUUAUGGAUCCAUGUUGUUAUGUCUGCGGGAGCUGGAGUAGACGUGGUCUCGAGCUGCCCAAAAUUAGCAUGCUAGCUCUCCAGGAAUAAAUUUUGCUGACUGCUUAACUUCCCUUCCCUGGGAAAAGGCCUCUGCUCCACUGUCAUGCCAGGUGCCUAAUUUUCUUAUGCCACUGCUGACCCACUUUUUUCUUUUAUUUUUAUCCUGGUGUGGCUUGGGGCUCUUUGGUUUUUUAUGGCUGCUUGCCGGAGAUCUGGAGCUCAUUAGCAGGUGGGAAAAUGCAAUUAGCCACAGAGGAAUGAUCUGGCAGCAGGAUAAAUAGCGUGCCCUGACAGCACCCACUCCAGCAUAGGGAAUCAGAGCAGUUUCAUACCUAUUCUUUAUGGCCCAAUCUCCUCUCUGUGUCACCUGUUUACACUGCCUAUCGAUUCUGUGCUCUGCACAGCCUGUUCUCCGAUUGUUAUUACAGCUACAGAUGAAGCAUGGUCUAUGUAUCUUUCAGAGAAGGUAGCCUGGAACAAGCCCAAUUUGCUGCAGGAAGAGAUGUUGAGAAGCUUGCAGUGAUGACAGAUUGCUUAAAUUUCAACUGCCUCUCGCUUUCUAAGAAAUUCUCUUCCCUCUUUCAGUCUUAGACCAAGACAUUAACUAACACAAAAUAGCUGUUUAUGACCACUUAGUUUAACAGAAGGAGAAGGUUCCUGCAAUCUUCAGAAAUCCCCCACCUUGAAGUACAAGUAUUACUGAGAUGGAGAUGUGCACCUAUUGGCUAGUGCCUGUGUAGUCACUGAUGAUGGACCCUUUGCAGACUUACCAAAAAAAGUACAAUAUGGAAAGAGGCAUAUUGUUUUCCACAUUGUUACCCAUAUAGACCUUUAAAAAAAGGUCCUGCCUUCUCUCUCUCUCCAGAGCAGCAGUAAUUUCCUUUAGUUUCAAGAACCAUAGUUAAUUCUUUCCUUCUUUUCUCUCUCUGAAGGAUGCAUACUUUCCCCCACCAGUAUAAAUUUCCCUCAAAGUUUGUUUCUUCACAUGCAUGCUAAAUAAGUGAAAAGAAUCAGAUGGGAAGAUAUUCAUUUCAUCCUGAGAUUCAAAUAUCAUCUUACCUGUCUGCUAUGACACACUUAAAAAUAGUAGAAAUUCCUACAAAAUUAGAGAUUGUAAAUGAGAAAUUCUCAUCUCAUUGUGUAUUGAAAUUUGAUUUGUAACAUUGUUUUUCUUUCUUUACAAGUUGUUCAUUGAACUUCUUAGUAAUUUAAUAACAGCCAUGUGUUUUUGGAACUUUUAAAAUAAAUCUUAUUAAUCGAAAAGAAUGAGUUCAAAUCAUAACAAUAAUUAUUGUAAAGCAAACAGCUAUUUUCCCUGUGAAACUCUCCCAGCAAAAUGUUACUACCGAGAAAACAUGUUGGGGUUAGCAACAUCCCUUCUGAUGUUAGACACAGUUAGUUUCAGCUCCCAACCCUGCAAAUUGGUUUCUCUUCCAUGUUUCUAAAGUGCCUUGAGAUAAAUGGAUUUAGACUAGAGUUGUCUUUUCCCCCAGACAGAGACUUUAUGCAUUUUUUUGUAUAUUUAUAUUUAUUUUCAAGGAUAAUAUUUAGGUACAGAAUAAUAAAAAUGCAUUCAGCAGUACAGAUAUUUGCCAUUUUUAGUCAAUAACAAUUAUUGCAAAGGUUGAUGAACUCAACACACCAACUAACAAUAGAACAGAUAACUAUUAACUCUGACUUCCAAAACAUUCGGAAACCAAAGUUUGGCUUCCGAUUGGCUGCAGGAGCAUCCUGCAGCUAAUCGGAAGCCGCGCCAGAUGUUUGGCUUCUGAAAAUCAUUUAAAAAACGGAGCACUCACUUCCGGGUUUUGAUAGUUCGGGAGCCGAUUUGUUUGGCAGCCAAGGUGUUUGGGAUCCAAGGUACGACUGUACUCAUUUAUACUAAAUCUAAUGAUCCUAAGGUCCGUAUAGUUAAAGCUAUGGUUUUCCCAGUAGUGAUGUAUGGAAGUGAGAGCUGGCCCAUAAAGAAGGCUGAUUGCCGAAGAAUUGAUGCUUUUGAAUUAUGGUGCUGGGGGAGACUCUUGAGAGUUCCAUGGACUUUAAGAAGUUCAAACCUAUCUAUUCUUAAGGAAAUCAGUCCUGAAUGCUCACUGGAAGGACAGAUCCUGAAGCUGAGACUCCAAUACUUUGGCCACCUCAUGAGAAGAGAAGACUCCCUGGAAAAGACCCUGAUGCUGGGAAAGAUGGAGGGCACAAGGAGAAGGGGACGACAGAGGACAAGAUGGUUGGACAGUGUUCUCGAAGCUACCAGCAUGAGUUUGACCAAACUGCGGGAGGCUGUGGAAGACUGGAGUGCCUGGCGUGCUCUGGUCCAUGGGGUCACGAAGAGUCGGACACGACUAAACGACUAAACAACAACAAAUGAUCCUAAAUUGCUACCAUUCACUUGAUCUCAAUCCCCAGGCCUGGCAACAAGUUUGAGGGGCCCUUGGGCAAGGUAUCCUGCCCCUGCAGUGCUACCUAGACAGAGGUUGCCCCCCCACCGCUAAUAUCUCUCCAACCAAUCUUGACAGGUGGACCCAGGUGGUGCUUUGGGGAUUGGAGCAGUGCUUCCCUCCGUUUUAAGGGGUGGGGAGGGAGCUGACCCUAAGAAUCAUAUAUUGAACAGCAUGCAUUAACAUUUUAACAAGGCCUCCCCAAAAAGCAAAAACAGGAACAGUAGUUUACUUGGGUCAAGGAAAAGAAAAUAAGGGCUCUUGCUGGAAGUUGAAGAUAGCUUGAGAAUUGAGGUAUGUUGCACUAACAUUUGCUAAACCACGGUUUAGUCCAACAUGAACAAGCCACGGUAAUUCUUGGAUUCAUGCACCCCCUCUCCUACAAAGCCACAAGAAGCCUUCAUUUUCACUUUAAUUAGCCACAGUUAAUUAAACCAUAGGAAUGGCUUUCUAUCUCAUUGUUCACAGUUACUCUCCUGAUGUAUAACGCCUACCUGUUCACAUUGACAACUGUUUGUUUGAGUGGAUUUCUGGGGGCGAGGGGGAAAUCGGUGUUAUGAUAUCUCAUAAGUUUUAUCAUACACCCUUUACCUUUGAGUGUCGCUCUAACCUUUCAUUAUCGAGUCAUUUCAUACUCCUCUGCCUCCCUUAUUAAGUGGAGGUGGGGGAGAGAUAAGAUGUCUGCAAAUGGAGCCUUUCUGUGCCAUCUUCAUCAAAAGUUAAGUCUCCAUAUGCAGAAACUUUCAAGAGAAACUUCGGAUUCAGUUACACUAAGCUGUUUGAGGUUAAAAGCCCUCUUCAGCUUAAGCUCUAAAAAGUGAGGAAAUGCACAGUUCAGCUAAUCUUAACCUUAAGUUGUUAUGACUGACAGUUUAUUUUUUGUUCCUGUCAGCUACUAUUUUCAGACCUUCAGAUUUGCAGCAGGUACUGCUAGGAAAGUUACUACUUAGGUCUUCCAUCUUAACUUAUGGAAGACUUUGGCCUAUCCCUCCACAUUUCAUUCAUUGGGGAAGAAUCAUAGAAUUGUAAAGUAUCAUGGCUGACAUGUUGUGUUAUUUGUGGGAUGCUUUAUAUGCUUUAAGCGGAGAGCUUUACCGAAGCUCUAUGAAUUUAGUUCUAUAAUGGUGCAAUGUGGGAGUGGGAAAUGUCAAGGUUUCUAGCUCUAGCUAUUUCAGCCACUGUUGGGUUCCUGCCAAAUUUCCCAGCAUCGACACUCACCCCUUUGGGCCUCCCUGUGUGGCUAGGAGAGUCAUUGGUUCAUCCUGGACUUAGUUAACAAGUUGUUUAUCCAAAAGCAGGAGUGUGGAACUCUUUUGACCCAAUGAGUCAGGUCUUUAUCUCCCCACUCCACCCCUUGCACCAACUUUGAUACAAGGGUGAGGCUACACACCUGUCAUUAUAUAAGAACAUAAGACGAGCCUGCUGGAUCAGACCAAUGGCCCAUCUUCUAGUCCAGCAUUGUUUUUUUCACAGGGGUCAACCAGAUGUCUGUAGGAAGCUUGCAAGCAGGUCUUGAGCAGAAGAGCACUCUCCCCUUCUGUGGUUUUCUGAAACUGGUAUUUAGAAGCUCUGCACUGUAUUAGAAUAUUUUCUUUGCUGCUGCUGCUGCUGCUGCUGCUGCUAAUAAUAAUAAUAAUAAUAAUAAUAAUUUAUUAUUUAUACCCCACCCAUCUGGCUGGGUUUCCCCAGCCACUCAUAUAGUUGGCUAGGUUAUAGGUCAGUAUACUUCCCCAUUUAAAACAGCCGUGGACAUCUGCACAGAUAUAUAUCUGUCCAAUUUGAUUUGUGUGUGUGUUUUGAUUUUCAUUAUUGAUUUUUUGUGUGUGGCUGAAUUUGUUGAACUGCAUGAACUAUUAAGGAUAAGAGAAAACCAACUUUACUUAGCUAAAUUCAACUGCACUUUAAAAAACAAUACAAAAACAAGCCAUCCAGUUAAAUUAUUGGGUUGAACAUGUGCAAUUCUACAAAAUUGAAACAAUUUCUCUCUCUCUCUCUGUUCCUGCUCCCUGAAAAAGCAAAAAAUAAUAAUAAAUAAAUCCUGUAUGUGUUCUGUGUCAUUACCGCUUGGAUAAAGCACACAACAAUAACUCAUUUUAGUUACUGACCACAGUAAUGAUUCUGAAUAUUAAUUGCUGGAAUUAAUGUCUCUUGUUAGUUUCCUAACAAUGCAAUGUCUCUUGUUAGUUUCCUACGACAAAGGAAAGGAUAGAUUUUCAUUUAUUUCUCCCAUUCAUUUCUGUAGGUUCAUUUGUUCUUCAUGAAUUUUCAUGAGCGUUUAUUCAUUUUAGAAAUUGCGUUUGAAAAGAUUUCGAAGGGGAGAGGAAAUUCUGGUGCAUUUCUGCUGGGUGGGAUGCAAUGUUUUUAUCGUGUUCACCUUACUUUCAAGGUGGCCAAGUUGUGUUUGUGUUUUUUCCCUUUCAUUCCGCGAUUCAUCUCUCCAGUAGUCUUUACUUUGCAGCCUUCCUGGGUGCUGGCAUGUCCUGAAAACGCCAUGAUGUUCUCAGCUGGGCUUUCCUGUAAGCAUGGAAAGUUGGAGAUACUGCAUAUACUGAGCACAUGAUAGUUGUUUUGUGAUUUAUUUAUGUUUUAAAAAGCAAAGUCUUUUUCAGUUUGUGUUUUUACAUGGACUUCAAAAACAAUAAGUAAAGAUUAAGAGGAGAAAAAUGCAAACCAAACCACGACCAAAUAAGGAACACAACACAAAACACCUAAGGACUUCCCUUCUUCUCCUACUCUGGUGUCCUUUCUUUUCUCUCUCUUCCAUGUAUUCUAAGUUACCAAGUUCUAUCCUUCUUACUGAUUAUCUCCACUUCCUUUUAUACUGCUAAAUUUAUUCAAGUCCUGCUAAUCUGUUUGCAAAGCAAAGUCUUCUUUAAAGUGAAGUCCCUACUUGCCAGACAUAGAUUUUACCAUCCCAGUGGGAACCUAAAACUGUGUGUUAACUACAUACUGACCAAAGCCUUUCUAUACACCAAACUUCACCUGUUGUUCAGAAUUUGUCUGCCAAGGAGACGGGAAGAUCAGUUCUAAGGAGUUUUCAUUAGCUUGAAUUUGUGGGAUUCGGAAACAAAAUAGAUGCAUUCUUUUUUUAAAAAAAAUGAUUUCAAUGGUAGAGUUAUAUUUCUGACAUCUUUUGGAAGUUUUUGUUGUCAGGGUGCCUCAACAUGAUAAAAAUCUAAUUCAUUCUCUACUGCCAAAUUAAAAGCCUGCUAGAGCCUCUUGAAGACCCCCUGAACAAAGGAGUUUUGUCACUUCACUAAAUGUAAAAGCUCUUCAAGUGCUAUCUUAAAGUAAAAGAGAAAGGGAAGGAUUGCCAUUCUUUGCCUGGCUAAGAGUCUUGGCUAAAAAGCUCUGUUAAAAAAACAAAUAAAUGCUAGUAAAAAAACAAAAACAAACCCUAGUGUUUGCAGCUGCAUGAGUAAGCAUAGAGCAUAGAGCAGGCCGUGUAACUGUAUUAAGCUUGGCAAAUUUGUAUACAUUCUUACUGCCUCUUUUAAAAGACUAUACCCUGGAGAGGAUGGGAAAGAAAGAACUGAAGAGUUGUCUGGCAUGUGGCUAGGAAUGUGGUGUGGGGUCAUUUCUGAGCAUGAUGUAGUUGGUUAGAUGCCUCAGUAACUUGUAUUCUGGAGUAUGGAAAGAAUCCUUGGUUCAGGGUGUAGGGAGGGAGGGAGGCCUGGAAAUUGGAGAUUGGCAGAAUUGGUGUGUGUCCUCCAGUAUAAUUUUUGGGAGUGAAUGAGAUGAGUUUCCAGCGCAUUCUUCUUUCCCAAGAUGCUGUUUGAAAUUCAUGGCCCUUAGCAGCCUCCUGAAUAUUGUGUGGAAGUCUGAUCUUUUGCUACUCAGAUCGAGCCUCUAAACUUCAUUGUAACAUUGCUGGUUACAAUAUACAGUGGUACCUCGGGUUACAAACACUUCGGGUUACAAACUCCGCUAAUCUGGAAGUAGUACCUCGGGUUGAGAACUUUUCCCCAGGAUGAGAACAGAAAUUGCAUGGUGGUGGCAGCGGGAGGCCCCAUUAGCGAAAACGUGCCUCAAGUUAAGAACGGUUUUGGGUUAAGAACGGACCUCCAGAAUGAAUUAAGUUCGUAACGCGAGGUACCACUGUAUUGCCAAGCGAACGCUCUGUCAGUGCAAAGAUUUCCUCCAGCACCCCGAAUCAGAUCUGAGGAGGGUGUGGAGCAUGCACGGGGGGUGGGGGGGGGAGGAGGAAAGUCCAGCUGUACAAGAGGAAAUCCUUGUGCAGAUGGGGCAUGUUAGUUGCAUACCUCCCAAGAUCUUCCUAAGUGUUGCCUCACACACAUAGUAAAUCAAGGCUUUGGUUUUCUUUUCUAGUUUUUGCCGGUCACUUGCCAGUAGACAACCCCUGAAAGAGUAGCUAAUAUGAAAAUGGGUGUGAACGGGGAAAAAAAAUAUUUCAGGAACAGAAGUGAGAUGGUAUAAACUUGCUACUCUCAGUCACUUCUCCUCCUGAGAAUCAGCUAAUGCUCCACUGUCCUCAGGCACUGCUCCCUUCAAAAAAUACUUGGUGGCUGCUCUCAGCAACCCCUGAGGCAGUCGUCCACAUCCCCCAGGCUACUUACUUAGGAGCGUCAAACAUGAUUGAGCUGCUUGUGGAACAUGAAUGAUAAGCACGCUCUGCCCAUCUGGAGACUGUCAAUUUGUAAGGGGAGAGAGGGUUGUUAUUCUUGUGCAGCAGACCAUCAAAGAAAAAGACACCCACUCUUCUCCAUUUUCAUCGUCGUGCUGAGUGGUACUUAGGGGAAAACAUAAGAUAAAUGGACUCCAUUGUGUUGCUUGUGUAAACAUAAUAAGAGAAAGAAUGUGCUCCAAAAGAACUUUAAUAACCCACAAAGGCCAGGUGAGAGAUGAAGUUUCUCAUCAUCAUAAACACAUAACCCAUGUUCACGAAGCUUCUCCACUGAUAUGCUGAUUUGUUAUUCUGAUUUGUUAAUGGAUGUUAGCCUGAGUCCCCUGGUUUGAAUGUAACAGGAAACCAACUCAGGCUUAAUACAAGCUUGGCAUGAAGCUCCAAGUGGGAUCAUACAAUGGAGGAGUGCUCAACUCUGAUGCUCAUGCAUGGUUCAUAAACCAUUUCUUUCUUCAUUUAUAUUCAUUGCUUGUAUCCUGCCUUCCACCAAAAGGCCACAGGGUGGGAUGCAACACAUUAAAACCAUACAAUACCAAAGCACAAAAAAGACUUAAUGAAAAUCCUUUAGUUCAUUCAAUUACAGUGCCUACGAUAUCUGAAAACAGUAUUAGGGGUUUCAUACUCCUACAAACCAAAGGUCUGGGAGAGCUAAAAUGCUUCUGUUUGCCACUGUAACCCACUUAACAUGGCUAAAAUGUGAGAGGCGAAAUAGAGAUAAGCAGUUGUAGCUUGCAUUGAAUGUGCCUUCGAAUACAGUUUAGCACUUAAAGUUGUUGGGUUUUUUAAAAGCAAAAUUUGUAUACUGCAUCUAACUCAUCAGUAAAUAAGAGCAGGAUUAGGAACUGUUACAGAAUUAAUGGAAGAUUACACCUAAAGAGCUGUGUCAAUUUAACAAAACUGUAAUAACAGCAUUAGGUGUUAUCCCCCCCCCCCAAGACAAAAGUGUGAGUUGGAUGGGAAAACAGAGAGGAUGCUUGUUAAUUUGCAGAGGAUAAAAAAAAUCCUGGAAGGAUUGCAAACAAUAAAAUUUAUAGGCUCAGAAUUCAGAAUAAUCUUUGCCAAAUGGGAAAUUUGGUCACAUUUGAAAAAUAUGAACCACACUGUAUCCAUCUAGGAGAAAACCUAGGUUUUCUGAAAAGCAGUCUGGUGCUAUUCUCAGUGGAUAUGUUGUCACUCUUCUUUCUUUAUUCCCUGUGUGCCUUAGGUACCCAGCCACCUCGCUCAUACAACCAGUUCUUCUUCUAAGUCUCUGACUGUCAUUCUGCAGGGCAGCUGCUCUGCUGAGGCAGCUGUGUGGCUCCUGCAUGGAUUUCUGAAGCUCUUUCUGGCUCAUUGAGCACCUGAGACUCUUCAGCAUUUUGCACAUCUCUGAGCACCUGCUAUUAUCUCGAGCUCUUUUUUGCUUCCUAGCCUGGUUGCCAGAUCUAAUGAACAAAUUGAGCUAAGCUGGCCAGAAUCCUUUACUGAGACCUGUAAGAAGCUGGCAGAACUUGACAGAAUGAUGCAAAGGAGACAAGCAGCAUUUAGCAGGCUCAUUUGUGAAUUGAGGAGAGAGAGAGAGAGAGAGAGAGAGAGAGAGAGAGAGAGAGAGAGCGCCACAGUCUUCUAAAUGUGCUUUGUGUGGUGGCCAAGAACACUUUCCUGGCCUGUGUGGUUUGUCCUUAUGGAACUAUGGUAUGCAAGCUCAUGGAUUGCCACCCAAGGUUCAGUGUUUCAGUUGGUAGCCUAUUAGACUCACCCAUAAACUUAUUUUGUGUGUUUGGAUGGAUGUUCUCUUUCUUUAUAUAGUUCCAGAAGCUGAUUAGGGAUGGGAAUAGCCACUCAGAGUAGAUAUGCAAAUAGAUAAAUAAUAAUAAUAUCAAUAAUGCUUACAAGUUACACUAAGGGAAGCUUGCCUGGUGCCUUCAUUAUAUAUCUUUAAGCACCAGGGGAAAACAUUCUUCUUAACCCAGGCCUUGGCUAAUUAAAUUAUCUAUGGCUAAAUAAACUGUCUGUCAUUAGGCUAUGUAUUUUUGUGUCUUUAUACUGUAAACUGCCCUGUGAUCCUUUGUUGAAGGAUAAUAAAUAAAUACUUGCAGAGGCUGUGCUCAUGACACUUGCCAAACAUAUAUAUAGAGAGAGAUUCUGCUGUGGGGAAACAUUCCCCCAGCUGCUUUCUGAAGAGAAGUGGGUAGUUUCAACUUUACCACAUGCUCUUAGAUUAGAGAUUCAGAGAAACCCUGUUUAGGCUUACAAAACUGCAUAAAGUGAGCAUGUGAGAGAGGGCUGCCAUGAUCAGGCCUCUGACAUUGUUUUUGUCACUUUCUGCAACUUUUGGAAACAAGGAGCCUCCUCGGUUAACCUGUGCCUUCUAAAAACCUGGCUUUCUACUUGUCUCUACACCCCCAUGUGUUUGUUCUAGAGGGCUGAAGUUACAAAGGAAAGAUAUUCUUAAGACUCGUAUAGAUUGUACUGUACUUUGAAAAAACUAUAGUUGGCAGAUGGGAGGCUCGGUUUCUUUCAUUUUAAUCUUGAAUUUACUGUUCCUUUUUAAAAGGGAGUAUACAAUCAAGGCAAGACAGGGGGAAAUGAAAACAAAUACAUAUAUGUUGUGAAGAGAUUCCACAGAGGCAAUUGAUGGGAACCAGAGUUAGAUCCGCCCCCCCAAAAAAGGUGGAAGAUUUAUUGGGACUAAGCCAAAUUGUUCUGCUAGUUUGUGUACUCAGAUUGUGAGUUUUCUAAAAGAGAUGGUGUAACUUAUACUAGUUUACACACAGGUAAGAACCCUUCUCUUCCCUUGGAGGCCUGUCUCUUGCCCAGUGUGGCUUCAUUUUGGUGUCAGGUUAAGGCCUGAUCAGGGCAUUGGGCCAGCUGAGAGUCAUUGAUUGCCACUCAGUUUUUGUGAUCUGCUCGCUGUCUUAUAGUUUAUUGCUGAUUAUUGGUGGUUUUAUUGAGCUUUCAUAUGUUGAAUUACUGCUUUUAAGAAGUGCACCCUUCCUGGAUAUUGAUUGAUAUAGGGCAGGUUAGAAACAUUUAUAAAAUUAAAUGAAUACUGAAAAAACAGUGUGUAGGAUCUUUUGGCCUUCAGCGCACAAGAUUAAAUAUUAUUUAUAUGAUUGCUUUGCCUCGCUCUAGUAAGAUGAUCCUCCAGCUCAUGAUAUGCAUUUGUGCACAUCUUCUCUUUCAAUUUGGUUCUUGUUUAGUGCUAACCAUAGAUUGUCAUUAUGUGCAUAUUAGCAAACGAUGGUCAUUAGUUGUCCUUUACACCAAAAUCAGAAAUCCACUCCAAAUCAUGGCCGGAAAUGGUUAUAAAUUCACAUGUAGAAUCUUGUGGAUGAUGUAUAGCCAAGUCAUGCUCUGAGUAGACCUAUUGAUUUCAGUGGAUCUACUCUGAGCAUGACUAAUGUUGAAUAGCACUCUGUAUAUCUGGUAUCAGCUAAUUUCUGGGCAAUCUUGCCAAUGAAAUAUAGAGGAAGGAGCCAAUGAAGUCAGCACUUUCUCAUAAUUGAUUCCUGAUCAGCAUGAAAGUAAGCAGUUCGUUAAAGAAGCACUAAGCUUCCUAAGUCUUGCUUAGGUUUGAACAAGUGCAUUGACCAUCUUUGCCACUUGUCUUGAAGCCUAUUUCCUUUGUUUUUAAAUUAAAUUAUCAGUCAAUCAGCACAUGACCUCACAACCACCACCUUCCUUGUCACAGGAUUUUUUCUUUCUUUUAUACUUAGGGAAGAAAACCCUGAAUAUGGACACAACACCCAUUCACCACUUUGCCUAUCCAUUCAGUUCAUUUUCAUUUGAGGGAAGAGGAGAGAGGUUAAGUUUUAAUCUUGCAUACACCCCACUUACUGAACCUGCAAAGACACCACUGUAUUCUCUUCCCUCUUAUCACAUUGAAUAAAAAUGAUUUGGUUUGCAUAUGGGAGCAACUGCACACAUACUUAGCAUUAUUAAACAUAAUACAUCCUUCAAGUGCGGAAGAAGAAGCAACACACAUGAAUACAGAGGAAAAUGCACAAAGGUCCAUGAAUUUAGGGGCAGCUUGGAAUAAACUAGUGUGGAGAUAUUUACAGUGGUACCUCGGGUUAAGUACUUAAUUCAUUCCGGAGGUCUGUUCUUAACCUGAAACUGUUCUUAACCUGAAGCCCCACUUUAGCUAAUGGGGCCUCCUGCUGCCGCCGUGCUGCCGGAGCACAAUUUCUGUUCUCAUCCUGAAGCAAAGUUCUUAACCCGAGAUCCUAUUUCUGGGUUAGUGGAGUCUGUAACCUGAAGCGUAUGUAACCCGAGGUACCACUGUACUAUAUAAUUAUAGAAUCAUAGAAUUGUAGAGUUGGAAAGGACCACGAGUGUCAUCACGUCCAACCCUCUGUAAUGCAGGAAAUGUUUGCCCAACAUGGGGCUCAAAUCCACUACAGAAUGAAACAGAGAGAGCUGCCUUAUACCAGUGUUCCAUCUAGCGCAGUAUUGUCUACUCUGACUGCCAGCAGAUCUCCAGGGUUUCAGGUUGGAGACAAUUCCCAGCCUUACCUGGAGAAGCGGGGGUGUGUGUGUGUGUGUGUGUGUGUGUGUGUGUGUGUGUGGUUCAAAACUAGGACCCUUUGUGUAUAAAGAAGAUGCUUUACUGCUGAUGUUUUAGGGCCCUUCCCAGAAACAGAUAAUAUUAAGCAUCAAUUAUGUUCAGACUUUCAUAGGGAAAUGUUUCAAAAUACUUGAGAAAUACCCAAGUUCCCACCACCAUCUUCAGCCUUUGCAAUUGUCCUCUUCUUCCCAUUCAUGCUAACUGUCUUUUAAUCCUCUUCCUCUUUGUCUCUUGUUCUUGAUUGCUGUCAGCCAAUCUAGAACCCUUCUUGAUGGAAGAGUGGGAUAAAAUUAUUUCAAAUAAGCAAGCAAGCAGACAAACAAACAAAUAUUAUUGGGAGAUUUUUUGUCUUAGGGUGUUUUUUAUAUAAAAACAACAACAUUUUUGACUAUCUGAAUGAAUGAAUCAAUGAAGAAUGAAUGAAUGAAUUUUCAUUUGCGUCAGCCAUCGGUCAUAGCAAUAAACAACAAUACAAUAUACAAAGAAUAGAAAUAAAAAGUCAAUUAUGUAAAACAUGUUUUAAGGUUUUGAAUCAAUAGUCAAUUAGUGGAUCUUAUUCUGCCCCAGCUAAAAACCUUGCAGCCUUUGCUGUCACCUGCUCAUCUUGAUCUGCCAAGAGAAAGGACUCUUGGGCAACCCAGAAUGGACAAUCAAAGAGGGGUGAUAAUCUCAUUCCUCAAGUUUUUAUAAAGAGUGCAAGCCAAAAGGGCAUGUGCCACCGAUUCAGUACUGCCAUCUCCACAGGGAUAUAAGCAUUUUGUGUGUGGAAUCUGUUGGAAUCAUCCCUCAAGUAUAGCCGAGGGCAAUACAUUCAAUCUCGCCUCAUUUCAUAGAAUCAUAGAAUCAUAGAGUUGGAAGAGACCACAAGGGCCAUCGAGUCCAACCCCCUGCCAAGCAGGAAACACCAUCAGAGCACUCCUGACAUAUGGUUGUCAAGCCUCUGCUUAAAGACCUCCAAAGACCUUAAAGACUCCACCACACUCCUUGGCAGCAAAUUCCACUGUCAAACAGCUCUUACGGUCAGGAAGUUCUUCCUAAUGUUUAGGUGGAAUCUUCUUUCUUGUAGUUUGCUCCGUGUCCGCUUCUCUGGAGCAGCAGAAAACAACCUUUCUCCCUCCUCUAUGUGACAUCCUUUUAUAUAUUUGAACAUGGCUAUCAUAUCACCCCUUAACCUCCUCUUCUCCAGGCUAAACAUGCCCAGCUCCCUUAGCCGUUCCUCAUAAGGCAUCGUUUCCAGGCCUUUGACCAUUUUGGUUGCCCUCCUCUGGACACGUUCCAGUUUGUCAGUGUCCUUCUUAAACUGUGGUGCCCAGAACUGGACACAGUACUCCAGGUGAGGUCUGACCAGAGCAGAAUACAGUGGCACUAUUACUUCCCUUGAUCUAGAUGCUAUACUCCUAUUGAUGCAGCCCAGAAUUGCAUUGGCUUUGUUAGCUGCCGCGGCACACGGUUGGCUCAUGUCAAGGUUGUGGUGAACCAAGACUCCUAGAUCCUUUUCACAUGUACUGCUCUCAAGCCAGGUGUCACCCAUCUUGUAUUUGUGCCUCUCAUUUUUUUUGCCCAAGUGUAAUACUUUACAUUUCUCCCUGUUAAAAUUCAUCUUGUUUGUUUUGGCCCAGUUCUCUAAUCUGUCAAGGUCGUUUUGAAGUGUGAUCCUGUCCUCUGGGGUGUUAGCCACCCCUCCCAGUUUGGUGUCAUCUGCAAAUUUGAUCAGGAUGCCCUUGAGUCCAUCUUCCAAGUCGUUGAUAAAGAUGUUGAAUAAGACCGGGCCCAAGACAGAACCCUGUGGCAUCCGACUAGUCACUCUUCUCCAGGAUGAAGAGGAACCAUUGAUGAUAGAAUCCUAGAGUUGGAGAAUCAUCUAGUUCAGCCCCCUGCAAUGCAGGAAUAUGCAGCUGAACCUGCAACCUUGGCAUUAUCAAAACCAUGUGCUAGCCAACUGAGCUAUAAGACACAUUAAACAGCUCUCUCCGCCAGAACAAGGCUAUUCUCUACUCUGCCUCCCCCUGCCCCACCCCAUCCUGCAAUUAUCCUAUUGUCACUGAAAAAAGUCACCUGGUGGAUUAUCAAGCUGUGACUAAAAUGUAAGAUGCCGUUUCACAGAAAGGUCUGAAACAGCACCAGAAUUAACAGAAUGCAUCAAGGUGGUUACAACAUUGUGAUCUUCAGUGAACACCCCUCCAUUCAUGAGGCGUGCUUUCAGUUAGGGUCACAUUUCAAAACUGCAUUUUGAAUUGUUAGUUAAUGAAUUAGGCUAUUUGCACAUGCGGUGCUUUAAAUUGGAUUUUUCAUUUUCCUCCUGUUGAAAAUGGAAAACGUACAUUGAGGAGUUGGUAUAUAUGAUUUUAAAAUAGCUUCCUACUGCCUUGUUUAUACUGUACACUACAUUUAGAAGUGACAUGUUCUGGGCAAAACAAUGCUUUAGUGAUAUUUGUGAAAAUGCAAAUUUUCUAGAAUAGUUCCCUGGAACCAUUUUUUAAAGAGGAAAGUCAAAUUUCCCAUUGUGGAACACCUUCUCCUUAUCAUCUGUUUCCAUUCUUGCCAUUUAUAUACCAGGUGAAAACUAUUAUUUUAAUCUCUGCAUUUUGUGGCAUCUGUUGUUAUUUAUUCAAUGUAUCAGCCAAGUACUAACAUAAGGAAUUUCUAACUGACUUGCAACAUUUUAAGAGAGUAUAAGCAUGACAUAAACUAUAAAAGGACAAUACAUUACAAUAACCUACUGUAAUACAUACCUACUGUAAUAAAACAGAAGCAAAAACAUCAGUAGAAAAAAAUUAAUAAUAAUCAUAACGUAAACCACAAAAUCAGGCUUUUAUUAACUGAAUUGCGCUGUUGUUCCUGCAGCUGGGUUGAAGUUAUUAUAUUUUAUGUGAGUCUUAUGGCUGUGUUUUGCUAGGUUUUAAUCUUGAUUUUUAAUGAUGUUUUUGUUUUAAAUGAAUGCUGUAAGCUUCCUCUCAGACUACAGUGUUAACUCUAAACAUAGGUUCGAGAUGUUUAAAAUAAAUAGCAUAUAUAUAUAUGGAACUUUUAAUAUGAAGGUGCAAUCAGAUCUGUGAUUCCACAUUCUGAUGUGGGGGAGUCCUGAAUACCUACAUCCUUGGUGACUUAAAUUCAUGGUAACAGCAGAAGCUACUAAGGCACCACCUCCAACAUCAAAUGCUCCUUGCUGCUGUAUUAGUAAAUAAUUAGCACGCUGGAAGAGGAAUGGCAUCAAAUAGUCUAAUCCCAGAUGCUUAUUUAAAUUGAGCAGCUGUCAAACUGCAGAUUAUAGAGGCAUGUAGGCUGACUGGAAGAGUUUCCACAUAAUCAAAACGCCUUUUCCUAGACAAGCUAAUGUAAUCUGCAUUAAAGAGUGACUGCACAGUGCUGCAAUCGCAAAAGCGGGGGAUGUUUUAUGAAUCUUUUGUGCUCUCUCACAUGACCAGGAAUGGCAUCCACCUCUUAGUGGUCAUGUUCACCUAAACAGGAUGGCAUUAAACAAGGUUUUACUCAGAGUAGGGUUGCACUUUGCGAGAAUGACUUCCGCUGAGCAAUGGGAUUUCCCCCCACUAUCCUACCCUGCAGGCCCCCUCAAUCAAUUUUGAGUUUUCUCCCAAUAACCUGGAGCAGAUUUUGGGAUGGUACACUCAGGGAGAGGAGGGGGGAAGUCCUGCUAUGUGAGUGGGAGUCAUUCCCACUCAUACAUUUUAAUAAGUUGGAUACCACCCACUGAAAUUCAUAAGCAUGACUGUCAUGGACUGGCUGGACACAGAGGAAUGUUAGAAGGCAUCAGCUGGGGAACCUCUAAGGAAAGAAGAAUGGUGGUAGGACAAUGAUGAGUGGUCAGAGGGAGGAGAGGAAGAAGCCAAGGAGGGGGAGGAGUCAGAAGCUGAAGAGGUAGCAGGGUUUAAUGAGCAGGGACAGAGGGAGGCAGAGGGAAGUCUAGAAUCUGAAGCUGAAGGAAGAGAGGAGGGAGGCCAAGAGGCAGAGAUGAGUCAGGCUGCUGAAGAAACCAAGGUGUCUCCCCAUCCUACUGUGGCAAGCUCCCAUCUCCCCCUAGUCUCCCAGGACCAAAAGAGGUAUGAAACAAGAGGAGCAAAGUCAGACAUGCUGGUGGAGUCUUAGGUUGAUUGGGAAAGACCUGGGAGAGGUGGAGACUUAGGUAGCUGUGAGAAGGCAAGGACCUUCAGUCUCUAGAACUGGCUCAGAGGAGCAAGACCUAUUGAAGAAGAGUUUCUCAUUAGAUCUGGCACUCCUGAGCAGAUCCAGUUUAUUCUAAUAAACUUACUUCAUGUGAUUUAUUGCUGACUCGCUCCUGACAAAGACUGUUAGAUUAAUUUCAAUGGGUCAAACUUACCGUAUUUUUCGCCCCAUAGGACGCACCGCCCUAUAGGACGCACCUAGUUUUUUUGGGGGGGAAAUAAAGAAAAAAAAUUUAUUUCCCCCCCCAGGCACGGGGCUGGCGCGGGGGAAGCCGACCCCAGCCCCCAGAACAGCCUGCUAUCUGCAAGCCUAGGGAGCCACACCGGUCUCCCCAGGCUUGCGGACAGCUGUGCAAAGCCCGGGCGCGCUCUUCAGCUUGGUGCCGGGCUCCGGAGGGUCGUGCAGAGCUGCGCAGACCCCGGGAGGGCAGGCAGCUCUGCGCGACCCUCCAGAGGGCGGUGCGUCGCGGCACCGGGCUCCGGAGGGUUGCGCAGAGUUUCCUGAAGCCUGGAGAGCAAGAGCCUCUCGCUCUCCAGGCUUCAGCGAAAGCCUGUAUUUGCCCCAUAGGACGCACACACAUUUCCCCUUCAUUUUUGGAGAGGAAAAAGUGCGUCCUAUAGGGCGAAAGAUACGGUAGUUGAGUGCCACCCUAGUAGAUCUCUUAUGAUCUUAGUUGAAGCAGGUAUUUAGAAAUGAUGGACAGCAUCAGAAAACACACAAAAAAGCACCUGGGGUACUGUAGAGUAAUCCUAACCAUCAUCUCUACCAGCUGGAGGUGGUAAGAGUGGGGUGGAGGAGCCCAAUAGCAGAGAGCUGCUCUGCUUCAGUGGGGGUCACACAUCCAUUCAGUAGCACCCACUAUGCUUGCAGAAACCUCUGUGGCCAUCGAUCUACCACAGCCAGAUUAUCCACCAAUGGUAGCCUAUGAAGGCCCAGAAACAGGGUGUUCCAGCAAUGGAGAAGAGGCAGAUUGGAUCCACUAGAGCCAAAGUGCCUCUGUUUCCCAGAGAAGGUUUGUAGGGGUUCACAGGGAUUUAGUGGAAGGGAUUAUCAGAUAGUGGAGACUCAGCUGCUCUACCUUGCCAGUCAGUUGUGCAAUAAAGGGUGUAAGCAGUCUCUUCUAGCCUGCCCCUUUCUUUACAUGCUCCACCCUCCAAAGCAGAUUUGGGGUGGGAAGGAGAGGGUAUCCUGUUGUGCUCGUGGGCGUUGCAAAUUAAUUGAAUACAGCCCUAUGCUCCUAAUUUCUAACAUGCUAAGUAUUCCUAAAAGCCGCUCCUUUCAUUAAAUGCUUAAAUAAUUGACCACUUUAAAAGCAGCUUGCUAGGUUUCUUGAAAUGGCAUGAGUAGUUAAACCUUCUUGUAGGGCAAAACAGAACAAAUGCACAACUCUUUUUUUUGUCUCUAAUCUUUAAUAAAAGAUUGCACUGCACUUUAGAGCAUUCACUUGAUCUUGUUAAUUUCAAAGCAUUCUUAACGUUCAUUUUUAAAUGCUUGUCAAAAGUACAGCUUAAUUGCUCAUGAAAUGCCUUUUAAGUGGGUAUUAUGAAAAGUUUUAAAAAUGACAAUUUUGCUUGAAGAAUGAGCAAAUUCUUAAAAUAAAUUGUUAGUUAAUUACAAACCUGGAUUUAUCUGCCCCUCAAAAUCAUUGCUGAUAAGAUCUGGACAGAGCCAAUAGCUUGGCAGCAAGACUGAGUCAUAAUGGGUUGUAUCCAGGGUUUGUUUUUUCUCUAUUAUUUUUAUUUUUUUACACUCAUGUAAGGUGGAACACCCCAUUUUUGCUCCCCCUCCCCACAGCUGUUACUUAGGAUGUGGGGAGCCUUCCAGAACAAUGUGGAAUAUGACAUACACAGCAGUAGAAGACAGGAGAGAUUAUGACAAACUGGAUUCACCAUCUUGCAUGGGUUUAAGUUUUUUAUGCUAGCAUAAAACUGUAAUUGGAGAGGAAGAACCCCAUGAGUCAAGGCUCUGUCUGAUUAGCUAUUUGCAUGGAUUGCAUUUUUUUAUUAUUUCUGAAUAACAGUUAACUGUAUGAUGGAGAAGAGAGACUGUAGUUGAAAAAUAACAAGGACAGGAAAGGGAAUUUUGAACCCAGUAAAAGCAAAAUAGCUUCUAAGAUAGACAGAGAAGCUCUAUCCAGGGUUGGAACUCUUCACCAUGUUUAAAGGGUGUCAGGUAGACUUUGCUUUAAGAGUGUGCAUGCAGAUCUUAGUAGCUGUCAUAGAGCCAUGAUAGCUACCUAACUGGGAAUAUGCAGCCAUCUGUGUGUUUGAGUAGCAGGAGGAAGAAAAGCAUCCCAGCCAGUGAGUGAAGCAUGCAGAAUAGACAGUCAUUCCCUGAGCACUUAUUUUCUGGCUUUGCAAUCCUUACCUGUGAAGUAGGUAUUUGCUUAAGGCCUAGGAUUCUUGGGUCCAAGCUCUCAAUAUCCAAUGGUGCUAUAAAGGCUCACUUUGAAAUAUCUUUAUCAAUCUCUUGUUAUCCUUAGGAUCUUCCUUCAUCUCCUUCAGUUGCCUUCAUCUUCCCUCAAUUUACUAAAUUGAGAUUGCAAGCUCUUCUAGGCAAGGACUUGCCUGUUGCUUAUGCUACUUUGUAAAGUGCCAUGCACAGUGAUGGGAGUGCUAAAAAUAGCUUGUAAAUUAUAUUCUAGUCAAUUAAUUAAUGAAAGCAGCAGAAUGCAUUGUCUCAAAAGCAGAUUGGCUGACAGCCCUCUAGCUAAAACUCAUGAACUUGGGGAAGGCACAUUAGACACAAGGGUUAGAUAAAUGUUGGACUAGGCAAAUGGGCUUACUUCUUUUAACCUCAAACUAUUGAGGAUGCAGGGACGCGGGUGGCGCUGUGGGUAAAACCUCAGUGCCUAGGACUUGCUGAUCGUAAGGUCGGCGGUUCGAAUCACCGUGGCAGGGUGAGCUCCUGUUGUUCGGUCCCAGCUCCUGCCCACCUAGCAGUUCGAAAGCACCCCUAAGUGCAAGUAGAUAAAUAGGUACCGCUUUAUAGCGGGAAGGUAAACGGCGUUUCCAUGUGUGGCACUGGUGCUGGCUAGCCAGUUGCAGCUUUGUCACACUGGCCACAUGACCCGGAAGUGUCUUCAGAUGGCGCCAGCUCCCGGCCUCUUGAGUGAGAUGAGCGCGCAACCCUAGAGUCGGUCACGACUGGCCCGUACGGGCAGGGGUACUUUUACCUUUACCUAUUGAGGAUGCAUCAGGUUGUACCAGUAAUAUGACCCAUUGAUGUACUUCCUGAAGAAUGCUGUGGAAAAGGAGAAUCAAACAUGUAAAAGUUAAAAUUAACUAGCAGGAAGGACAUUUCCAAAAAGUACAAAGUGACUCAGAAAAUAGAGGUAGUUUGAGAGAAUGAACAGAACUUUUCAGCCAAACUUGUCCGUCAUCUGAACAAUGGCCCCAAAUAUUCCAAAGGAGCCUCUGAAGAGCUUUCCCCCAAAGUCUUCAGGGGAAUGAGGUGGGGAAAUUGGAUGCAUUUAUCUUCUUCACUGAUCAGCCAGUGGGCAGCAGAGAGUGCAGGAAGAAAAGAGGUUGGAAGGUGCACGUAAUCACCGCUGAUGAGAGGCUGAACAAUUGUCUGGCUUUAGCUAUAAUACAGAAUAGGGCUACCAAGUCUAUAAAAGGUAUUUCCUUUGUACCUAUUGCACAAUGGCACAGAAUCUCCUUCAUUAACAACUUCGGACAAGAUUGCUCUGAUGGCAUUUGCAAUCUCCUUCUUUUAAACGCUUAGGACUGUGUUCUUGAGGAGGGGGUGUAACACUUCAGAAGUUUGAGAGUUUACUGAAAGUCCCUCCUGCAGUAUUGCACCUUGCACCCCAACAUGCUGCUUAUUAGAUUAUAUAAGGCUGAUAAGCAGCAGCAUACACAGAGUUCCUUACAAGGAAGCAUCCAACUGGUAUAGUAAACAAACUGAUUUGGGGAAGGCCCAGAACUCAUUGAUUUUGAGGAAAAACAGGGGCCUUCUCUGCAAGCAGAACUUGCAAACAGAAGGCCCCAGGUUUAAUCUCUGACAACUCUAGGUAGCGCUGGAAAUGGCCCCUGUCUCAGACUCUGGAGGCCACUGCCCACCAGUGUUGACAAUACUGAGCUAGAUAGACCAGUUGUUUGACUCAGUGUAAUGCAGCUUCCUAUGUAUUUUUAAAUUGUUAGAUUGAUAGGCUUGGUUGUGGUCUACAACACCUAACUUCCCAUCACCAGCAUUGAUGCAGCUUCCUAGAAGGGAAAGGGGCUAGGCAGCAGAGAGGUUGGCACAGUGCACCGCAUUGACCUCAUUACCUUCUUUCAUCCCUCAACACUGGCCAUGGUGACUGGGGCUUGGAGUCCAGCAACAUCUGGAGGGCCACAGGUUUUCCAUCCCUAACAUAAAGCGUCUCUGGUUUGUUUAAGGAGUCCUACAAGUAUUUCAGGAAGCUGUUGGGCUCCAUGUCAGCCCCAUUAGCUUGCAAGGGUUAAAGAAUAUCCCAUUACAAGUGUCAGCCAGCGUUUGAAAUCUGCAAGCCCAGGGAAGCCCUUGGCUGAGAGCCAAUGAAGGCUCUGCAUUACUACCAUUUCCAUUUAGCUUUAUUUAUUAUUAUUUCAUGGACGUUUUCUACUAAUGAACCAUCACUUUCAUUUCUGCCCAUCAUAAUUACACAAUUACCUAUCCUGGAAGUAUUUAGUAAUAACAUUCCUGACCAUAAAUUUGACUCACUCUUUUAAAUACCGUCAUAAUUCAGUUUUAAUGAAAGCUUGAGUAUGCAAAAGAAAAUGGGCUUUAGUGGAAGUAUAGACAGCAAAGCACCAUGUUACAGAGUAACCAACCCCAUACUCCUUUCUCUGUGGUUAAUGAGUUGUAGUGUGUAAUUUGAAUAAGCAAUGACCCCUUGGAUUUGUUUAAUUAUGAAUGUUGGGAAAGGCUCUAACUGAAUGGGUGCUCCAGGGAAUUAUAUGAAAUUGUAUGGAAGUCACUAAAAGGCAUGGUUUUCCAAAAUGGUAUGUCUUGUCAUUUGAGGGUUUUGUGGUGUGGUGUUGCAAAGAGUGGUGAAACUAUGGAGGGAAUUGCAACUGAUCAUUGCACCAUGAAGCUGACUGAAAAGACGUGUCAUCAAUUUAGACAAUUUAGGCAUGAGAAACAGUUUUGAUUUUGUUUGCACUUUUAGGGGGAAAUGUGGAUUAAAUUGUGUGUGUGUGCGUGCAUUAUUCAGUGCAAAAAUACGUAUAAUAGUUAAAACUGCAUACAAAAAAGUGUUCAUUAGAAGAAAGGAAUGCUAAAAUGCGGGUGAAUUUUCAAGAGGGUGAUUUUUUUUUUUAAAAAAAGAAUCCAAAUUGCUGUGGAAAUUUGGAGAACUUAAUUUAAGAUUGGGAAACUGGGAAAUUGACAUAUUUCUCCAUCUCUAAUUCUCAAAUAAUAGUUGGAGGAUUGGAGGUGAGCCAUGGGCUCCUCUGUUCACCCUCUCCCUUAACUAAUCCCCCCCUUCUUUCUCAUAUGAACAAUAGUCUUUGGACAUUUAAGGAACUGAUUUGAAUCACUCAUUCUUUGUUUGCUUAGUUCAUUUACAUAAUGUUUGAACAUUGGAAGAAAAUGUCAAAGGGGAUGUAAUAUUGAGCUCACUGAUCCUGUUGUUUAAUGUGGAUAGUAAUCUUCCUGUACUUCUGUUAAUUUUCUGUUGUCCAUAUGAUGUUGUCUUCCAAAACACAGCCAACCCACACUUCCCCUUCCCUCAAUCUAGAUUUUCUCAUACUCUCUCACUUUCAGAGUAUCCCAAGUAUAAGAAAGUCCAGACUGAGGGAGGGGGAAGAGUUGGGAAGGCAGUAAUUUGGAGGAGAACAUCAUAUGGACAACAGAGAAUGAGUGGAGGUACAGAAAGCUUACUGUUCAUGUUAAACAGCAGUAUGGAUGAGCCCAAUGUAUCUGUUUUUUAAAGAUCCCACCACUGUGGGAUCAAAUGAGUGGUUUUAUGUGCAAAGGCUCAUGCCCUAAGCUCUGCCUUGCACUUUGUCUCUUGGGCAAGUUACUUGUCAUUUGUGACUAGCCAGGCCCCAACAGCAGCCAUUUUGUGGUGGUGCCUGCAUCAAUUUUUUGAAUUUCCAGAUAUGACCACAAAUUCCAAAAAGAUAGCUGCUCCUUUUAUGCAAAUGACUACUCAAAGGCAGUUACAUCUAAGCAAUCUCUCUUUCUGAGGCAAGUGAAAUACAGUUAAAUCCAACGUAUUUGCACCUUUACAAAAUGUUGGAUACCAUAUUGUGAGAGAAAUUACUACUUAAAUGGGAGCAGAUAGCCCUUGAAUGAUAUCUGUAUUGUGAGACAGAAAAGUAACUGCUCAAAUGAAAGACUCUCUGAUGGUAAUAAAAGGCAAAUCUUUGAGCUGAAGAAAGGGUUCCCAGUUGAGUUUCCAAAGUCAGUCUCUAGACUGUUUUGUUUGGUAUGUUUGUUGACAACUUUAGUGAGAAAAGGAAGAAUGUGUCAAUGAAAUGGCAAUUAGAUGGAAAGAACAGUCAAUUCAGCUGAGAAUUGGGAAAGUAUACAUAAUGUAUUGGAUGAUUCAUGAACUGCACAGCAAAAAUUUAGUAGGGCAAAGUGCAAAAUCAUGAGCUUCAGAGCACUCUUGGUACCUGCCAGAAAUAACGUAUUGACCUGAGCCGAGGGUCUCGGGUCAACAUGCAUGACAUCUAUGAACCACUGAUGUGAUGCAUUAUAAGGAAAAUAAAUACACUGCUAGAUGUAAUACAGGAUCCUGUUUUAGUCAUCCAUCUCAAAAAAGGAUUUUUAAACAAUGGAACAUUUCCUGAAGCUGCUAGGCCAAACUACUUAAUUUAGCUUCCAUUAAUCUUUUUUAAAAAACCUUGCACACUGCCUAAAUUUUACCUCCAGCUCUCUUAACACAGAAAUGGCCUGACGUCUCUUUCGUCUUGUUUCCUACCUACCAAAGGGCCUGUGUCUUUUGCCUAAGGUUGGAGACAUGCCUGGGUAACAGCUGGAUUUUCUAUUCCUGAAGAUAAGGUUUCAGCCAUUGGAUUUCCUUCUUGCCAUGAACAGAAGUGGCUGGAAGGGCAGAGCAGCACCAUGCAACAGCCUCCUAGCAGAGGGAUCAAUGCCACUUACCAGGAUGGAGGGGCAGAAGGACAGGGUGGCACUGAGUUCAGGGUGGCAUGGACACACUAGUGCAUCUGCAUUGCCCAGCCUGGCUGUUGUCCUGCCCCUACCCUUCCUGCUAAGUGAUGCCACAACCCUCAGCACCACCUUGCUCUGCCAGUAGCUACUACCCAGCAGGCCUAAGUGCAACAUACAUGGAACCUAUGGGAGACUCAUUUGAAUGUCUUCUAAAUUCUUCCACAUCCCACUGGUGGGUGCACUAGCAGAGCCAAUCUGGCAUUCCCAUCUUGCCAUUGUUCCUGGUAAGAGGCAAUGAUGUUGCUACUGGAAGGCUGUUUCUGCAGUGCCACCCUGCCCUGCCAGCUGCUUCUGCCCAGCAACUUAGGUACAACCUGAUCAGCAUCUCACAAAGCUUUCCUUGAAUGUUUGCUGCCAUAGUCCACUCUGUAUCCAUGGCUUCACUACCUGCCAGGUUUUUCCUUUCCAUUGCUUGCCUAUUUUACCAUCUAACCUAGGAGCGUUCAAUGUGUUGACUUUCCAGCGGUUGUUGGAUUACAACUCCCAGCAGGCCUAGCCAGCAUGACACAAUAGCCAGGGAAGAUGCGAACUGUAGUCCGACAGCAUAUGAAAGGCACUGUGUUGGCUUUCCCUGACUGAGCCUGUUGAAAGGUUUUGGAGAACCUGAAAGUGUGAACACAGUUUUCUGAUACGUAGGUUGGUCUAAUAAACUGUUGUCUUAAAAUGGAUUUUGGAAUGAAAGGAACAGGAAUGUAUGACAAGAAUGGGAUAGUUUUGUUGGUGAGUGAAUGGUGUGCACUAGUUCCUCUCAUCCAGCCAGGCUUCCCUAACUAGUUGGUUUCCAACAUCUAGAAGUCAUUAGAACAUAAGAAGAGCCUGCUGGAUGAGGCCAACGGCCCACCUACACAAGCAUCCUGUUCUCACAGUGGUCAUCCGGAUGCCCAAAACAGGAUCCGAGUGUAACAGCACUCUUCCACAGUUGUGAUUCUCUGGCAUUCAGAAACAUGUUGCUUGACAGUAGAGGCAUAACAUAGCCACUGUGUCUAGUCACUGCAGGCAGCAACCAUUUUAGACACAUCUGAUAUGUGUGCAACUAUACACACACAUCUUGCCGAACAUAGAAGUGGCCCCAAAAUGUCACCAAAGGGCCACAAAGAAGGGCAGCGCAGGGGUGGAAGAGGGUAUUUGCAUGCUUUUCAGUGGUGUUUCAAAUAUACGUGGUUCCCCACUUCUAAUCUACAAGAUGUGACCCGUCUGGAAUGGGUGUGUACAUUUUUGUGGUUUGUAACACAUUAGAUCCAUGCAGCUAGAUGCAAUCUAGAAAUUAUGUCAAGGGCAUCAUACAAAUGAGCUCUUUCCAAUCAAAACCUUUCGCAGAGAGGUCUUUUAAUGGGCAUGGGUUCCACCUUUAGAAUUAAAAAAUUUUAUACACAUCCUAACAAGUUAUCUCCCUUGAGUACAUUUUACCUUGCCUGGAUUUUCUUAUUAUUAUUAUUGCAAGUGCCAGCUGUUCUUUCAGAGUCAACAGAGCUCCAGCUGUCCAGUGGCAAUCUGUGAACGGUUAGAUUUCUGUACUGCUUCUAACUUGUUGCUGAGAAAUGACAACCUUUUCCUUGGAUCUUGUAUACAGUAACAUCUUUGAACAGACAGGACGGGUCCAGCUUGGCAUUUUGUACUCUGAGGCCUGAUCAUUCCUCUAGAAUGUAUCACCAUAUGUUCAGCAUCGUAAGGCCCAUUUGCUGCUGCUGUAACACAAACACACAAUCCCCUUUGACUACCACAUUCGUGUGUAAUUUGCUGUGCCUUUCUUCCUUGCAGUGCACAUAGAGCCUGGCACAUGCGAAGUCAUCGCUGCUCACAGGUGCUGCAAUAAGAACAAGAUUGAAGAGCGCUCACAAACAGUGAAAUGUUCCUGCUUUCCAGGUCAGGUGGCUGGGACGACACACGCUGCUCCUUCAUGUGUAGACGGUAAGUGAGCAGGUCUCUCUGUAAAGUGUGCAUUUGCGUUUGGAAAUUGCUGUUGAAUGGAUUAAGAGUUCCACCCCUAGCUCUGGAGCCUUAAUUCUAGUUAGGUGCGCCUGCUGGGAGAUUUACAUUGGAUACUUCUGGCUUCGUAGUUUAAGCAAAAUCAGCUGUAUAUUUAGCUGCAAUCAGAAAUAAUCUUCUGCUCUUACCGGGUUCUUUAUGAAAGCACAACACACUUUUCAAAUGGGUAGAAUUUAUUAUUAUCAUUUGACAGCUGAUGGAUGUGCAUUUGAGAAACCAGCCCUGACAGCUUGAUUCACUUUGAAUAAAGUUACAUUCAAAUAAACGUAAAUAUCUUCAGGAUCAAGAAGUUAGUAAUUCAGCCAUCGUCACCAAGCAAGCCAUGUCAGUCCAGGUUUGCACAGCUUCAAAUCACUUUGUACAGUAGUCAGCAAUACUGCCUAAGUGGCGGUCCUAUUUCUUACCCCGGUUUUGAAUUUGUGCCAGCACCAAAACAUCAGUGUGGGGUGCAGACACCACUUGGGGGCAGAGAGAGAUAGUUAAGGCUAACACAGCAAUCAUGACCCACUUCAGUGGGACUUACUUCUGAGUACACAUUGUUAGGAUUACAACCUAACAUAUGAAAAUGGUUGAGGUCUUGGGCUGAGCUGCAUGUUCUUCAGCGAACAUUUUUGGUGCAAAAAGGGGCACAACAACAACUUAUUAAUUCCACGUUCCCUUCAAGGAGCUUAAUGUGGCAUGCAUGGUUCUCCCACUUCCCCUUUUGUCCUCACCACACCCCUGUAUGGUAAGCUAGGCUAGGCUGAGAAACAGUGACUGGCUUAAGAUCACCUAGUGAGCUUCAUGGGUGAGUUAGCAUUUGAACCCUGGUCUCCCAGGUCCCAGCCUGAGACACUGACCACUACACCAUCUCCAAAGGCUUUUUUCUUUCACACUGGUUCCCUACUCUUGACAUCUGGAGUUUGCUUCUCCCUAUUAAAGCUGCCAUUCCCCCCUCAUGUUUCUGAACUUGUAACAAAAGCCACAACACCAUUGUAGGAGCAGAGACUGAAGGCAGACUGGUAGAACAUGGGGAACUAUGUAUGCUGUCUCAGGGGAACAGAGUCAUGGAGCCCAUCAUUACUGUUUGCUAAGAUUUGGAAUUCAUUCACUCUCAAAAAUGUCCCGUUGAAGUAACUCUUUAGUUGUUUCAUUUUCACAGUCUGGGUACAGCAGUCAAGAGGGCACAACUUGGGUUUUGAACUCAGUUUGCCUCAUCCAGAUCUAAGGCUCUGUCCACUGGCUGCACAUGGGGACCUUCUUGGAGCGAUGUGUUUUCAGGCAUAUCUUUGCAACCAUUCUUUAAACUUCUCAGGAUAAUUCAUUGUUAGGUAAUUGAUUUGGGAUUCAGUGCUUGUGAAAUUCUAGACUAGUGGACCACCUCUGUUUUUGACUGCGAUGGAUAUUGGCAUUGGCCAGACAUGCUCGUCCUAGAAAACUGAGACUCCUGCUCUUCCUGGAAAACCGAGACCACCAACACUUUUGCUGCUAAAGGGAAGGGAGUCACAUGCGGGAUAGAAGUCAACAAGACUGACCUUUCCCAUCAUUUUUGUCAAUAGUACAGUAGGCUAUAGACAGCCCUCCCAUGGGUCCCAUAGAUCCUUACUCUUAUAUCCAAAAUGCUUUUUAAAAAAAUAAAGGAAAUUGGUAUAUAAUUAAAAUUUUAAGUGCUCUUCUUCCUCCCUUCUCCCUCGCAAAACAGGGCCUACAUUGCUGGAGAAUACAGAUCAUGGAACUCCAGCAUAUAUGAUAGGUAGGGGAUGUGGCACAGAAGGAACCACUGGGUUAUUUCAGAAUUCUGUAGCUCCAAAGGUUUUUAACAUAAUCGCGGCUCGGUUAAUUGGUUAAGUGUGGCACUGUUGUCAAUUUAUUUAUUUUGCAUUUCACCCUUCAACACGAAGGUUCCAUACUUAUUCAGAAAGAUAAAUCAGAGAUUUUAGUAAGACUACUUAGAGAUAAAUGACUUGUGGGUUGAUUUGCUCAGUUUCAAACUCUGAACCAAUAUUUAAUGCUCUUGUAUGAAUGUUCCUUAGUUUAACUCUGAAAGGGGCUCACUUUACAAGGCUCUGUUUCCUUUAUUUUAUUUUUUAGUCAGCAACCAAGUAACCAAGACUGGUUCUAAGGUCUAUUAUUUUUAUUUUUAUUUUACCUAGAAAAACCUAUUUCUGCAAUGUAAGUGCUACCAGCAUGAAUAAGAACAUGCCAUCUAAUCACCUGUGCAAAGCACUAACCCACCCACCCCCAUCUAUAUUUUAUUGAGCUGUGUCAUUCUGGAUCUAUCUGAAGUGGCUGGAAGCCUCUGCUGGUGCAUUAUUGAUCGGCUUGGCAGCUUGGCUGGUGCAAAUGGAUUUGUACAUGAUGCCAAGAAACUACUUAAAAAACACAGGAUACAAUUCCCAUGAAAGGCUGCAUCCCCAAGCAGCCUCACAAAGGUGCUUCUUAUUUUGUGAACAAAGCAGUUUCCCUGAAAUUAUCCACUGGAAUUUCACAGAAAUUAUCGUGCCCACAUCAGUUGCAGCCCAGACAUAAAGUUCUUAUGGAUGCUCAACAUACCUCAGCAAUUAAAAGUGCUAAGAAAGCAGAAAAAGAUUUCUAAUACAAUAUAUAAUAUGGUUCAUAUCUCCCAGUCACCUCAUCCUUCAAACCACUGGUUGAGCUAUUACUUCUGGGAAUGAUCAGAAUCAUUUUAACUGCUUAGGUGAAAGCUGUCAGCAAUACAGGUUCUAGGAAGGAAGUGGAAGUCUAGCUUGGGUUAACAACAAACUUCACCCAUGGCCAGCCCCCCCCCCCAAUCCCCCUGCUCACUCAAGACUUUCCCUGGCUAAAGGUGGACUUUUCGUUAUAGCAAUCAUUCUAUCACACAAUCACCCUAUCUUGAAAAAACAGUCUCUAGUGUAACAUGACCACAGAAGAGUCAAUUAUUAGUACUGUAUCUUGUAUUGUGGGCCACAGUUAGACUCCACCCCUUGGACUUUGCUCUGCUUUUCAGUUUCACUUUCAGUUGUGUUCUCACAGCCAGCAAAAAAGAAGCAUGUUUGUUUGCCUGCAGUAAGAUAUAAGUUUGUUUAUUCUGUGGUUAUGAUGAGCAGGGGAGAAUUGGUUCUCAUCGCUGAAAAGGUGAACUUACCAUUCAAAAGCUUUCUCAAAUGUUUAUCAAGCAUUUUUAUAAGUUUACAAAAGGAAGCAUAUUGUGCAGUAAAUACAGUACACAGUACUACAAAUUUAAAGACUCAGACACAUGGACUUCAACAAGAAAUUUAGGCAUAUUAUUCUGAAUCACCGUUCUCCCUAAUGUUGCACUGCAGUAUGCUCUUGCUUGAUUCUAAACCUGGUUUUAUUCUUUUCGUAUUGCAGUUUUAAAACUUUUUUUAAACAAUAACAAAAACAUGCUCCAUAUUUGUUUAUAGUUUCUUAGUUAUAGCACAAACUUUUGCUUGCAUUGCAUUUUCUGGUGUUCGUUUGGCAGUCAUCCUGGUGUUCUUACUAAAUUUUCUGUUAACUUGGCCUUUACAUAGCCCAUUAUGUGAAUUAACACACUCUGCAUAGAUGAGUGUGAGAGGAGGUCAUUGCCUCUCCCUUCCCCUGGCCUGGCCCUCACAACUUCCACCAGUGAAUAUGGGCACAGGGUUGACUGGUGCUAUAUGUGCCUCCAUGGUCCAAUAAAUGCCCCACCUAGAAAUGUGAAUGCCCCACUUAGCUACAGGACCACCUCUUCCCAGAGAAAUCUGGAAGUUGUAGCUCUGUGAGACGAAUGGGCAUCUCAACAGCAGCUCAGCACUCUUCACAAACUUUGGUUCCAGUGAUUCUUUAGGGAAAGCCAAGGCUGUUUAAAGUGGGAUGAUACUGCUUUAAAUGUGUUGUACAUAUGGGACCUAAAUGACAUCAUUCCUCACUUCCAUACUGUCUCAGAAUAGCAGAAGGACUAUUCACUUGACCUGAAAUGUUCCCAUUACAUAAAAAGCUGUCUUAUAUUGAGUUAGACCAGUGGUCCAUCUAGCGCAGUAUAGUUGACACUUACUAGAUACGGCUGUGAAGUGUUUCAAAGAUGUGUCUUUCUGCCUCAAGACGCCAGAUACUGAACUUGGGACCUUCUCUGUGGAAAACAGACCCUUUGUCUCACAGAGUUAUGGCCGCUUUCCUCAGUUAGUUAGAUCACCUUCCAAAUAAACUGGGAUAGUGGUUCUACCACAUCAUUUGCGAUGCAAGUAGCACCGUUGUAAAACAUUUUUUUAAAAAAACAACAAGACAAAAGCACUUAUUCAGAUUACAGAGAGUUCUCUGUCAGGAGAGUCUUCUUUUCACUUUGCUUCAAGGCUCUUUUCAGUUGAUUUACAUCAACAGCCGGUUCUUGCAGGGCAGUGCGGGUAGAUGGAAGAAGAGUUCCCUUCACUCACCACAGAAGAGAGGUUCUGAAUUACCAGUGGAUUUGGCACAACAAACUCUGGCUAUUUCUGGAUUUGGGGAAAAAGUAAUUGGCUCAGAGAACAAAAACUUCAUCCCCUCAGUGAAAUGGGCCUUCUCUUUUCCCAGUAGUGGAAACCUGCUGUUUGAUUGGCAACUCCCAGCCUCUGAACGAGUGAUAUCUCUUCUUCUAUGCAUCCUGAAGAAUUAAUGUGCAGAACUAGGAAGUUUUUUUCAUCUCCCGAAGUACAGCCCUACUCCUGCAUGAUUUUUAGAUUGGCCUCAAAAGCCCUGCUCCCAAUUUCUCCACCAUCUGAAACAAGGCAGGGGGUUGGGUCUUUUCAGCUGAGGCACCACACCUUUACAAUCCCUUACCAGGAAAGUUUCCUUGGUGCCAUUUUAAUAUUCAUUCCAGGUUUUCUUUCAGUGCCAGCUGAAAACCUGUUUGGAGUCCCAGGAUUUUGCAGUUUUUAUCUGUUUUUAGUCUAUUGUUAUUUAACUUCAUGAAAAAAAACUGAAUUAUUGUUCUAUUUCUUCUUGAUAAUUUUGUUUUAUCUGUUUUAUAAACCGCCUUGAAGCUUUUUUUAACAACCAAGUUGAAUAUAAAGUUUAUGAAACAAAAAAUAUCUCAGCAAUAUAUAUAAUUUAACUGCUUGCUGUGAAUUCAUUUUGAUUGUUAUUUGCUGUGUAUUUACAGUUAUGUAAGCUGCUCAGCGAGCUUUGGCUGGAUGGUAGCUGACAAAUAGUUUAAAUAAAAUAAAUAAAUAAAUUAAUCAGUCUUGUGUACUUGGGCUGUGAACUAGAAUUGUAUCAACAUUCGCGGAAGUAUUUACCCAAAUUGCACCUGCUACUCACUCUGGACAAGUUCCAGGACCCAGUGGUGUCUUUCAUAUGUAAUGUUAGCCCAAGGAUGGAGAACUUAAGGCCCUGAAGAUGUUAGACUCCAACUCCCAUCAUCCCUGACCAUUGAUCAUGCUGGCUGCAGCUGAUGGGAGGUAGGGAUCCAAGAACACCUGCAGGUCCAUGUGUUUCCCAUGCAUCAUUUCCAUGGAUAUUCCUGUCCUGUUGUGAGAAUGUAUGGUGGCACCUAGGCAUCCUAGCUGCUUUGAUUUCCUCUUAUAUAUUUUUUUUAAAAAAUGGAUGAAAAGCUCUUGGAUCACCUUGUGUAGUUGUAAGUUUACUAAGUACACCAAUCCUGAAAGUUGUUCUCCUUUGUCCCAAAGGCCUCCUGAAAUCACCAAAACGUUUUGGCUGGGUGUAAAUAUUUGAAAGAAAUCUAGUCUUAACUAUGGUUGGUUUAAACAAGCCAGGAGCAAACCAUGGCUUAUGAUCCAGGUUUGUUAACAAACCAGAAUCUAAACAGUGUUCUCCCAGCUGGGAUGUAAUGCAAGGUUUUGGCUAGUUUAAAACUGGAAGCUAAAGUGACUAUGCUGGGAGAAGAAAGUGGAGAAUGUGAACCUGAGGUUCACAGCUGCCUGUGCAUGACUGGGCCAGUCUCUUCCUUCUUCCAAGUCUUUCCAUUUCUUUUUUCUUAGCCUUUCUGUUGUCCUGAGUUGAGAAUAAGAUGACAGGCCAAGCAAAAUCAGGCUCUGCAGUUUUGGUCUCCUACUUUAGCCCAAUGUCUAAGGUCAGAAAGAACUUGAGAGAAGCAGACCUCGCUCUGAUUUUAAAUUAGGGCCCUGGCACCAUUAGGUACAACAUCUCUGUUUCAGUUAGCCUCUCAAGGUUGCUUGCUCUUGCCCAUUUGUCAUUAACAUGUAUUUUGUCUUUGAAACUGUCAGGAGCCAGGGAAGCCCUAAUUCACCAAGACAACUCUUCCCACUGAUUCUGUCGUGGUGUGCACUUCAUGCCAAGCUCAUUCAAUCCCCACACCUCCCUUUUGAACGGAACACUGCUGCUCUUUCAUUACAUUUCUUCCUCUCUGGCCCUGAAUGAUUUACCUGAUGAUCCUUCUGACUUUGGUCAUGUUUGUGGCAGAACUUGGGUUGAUAAUGAGAUGAGCUUUUCUUAUGACCUGUGCCUUCAGAUUAUUCCAGUGUUGCACUGCAGGUUGGCAUGGCAGAUGGCCCCUAUAGUGGGUAGAAAAACAACUGUUAAAAUAUGCUUUGGGGCUGCUUGGUUCGAUUGUAGUACCAGCCAGCACUCCAUCCUUGGGAUGUGUGAAGAUGCAGUGAUGCCCCUGUGCCAUUUUUUUAAAAAAAACGUGUUUAAGAGGUUAUUUUGUUUUCCUGCUAACCAUGCUGCCUUAAAUGUGCAUCUUGCAUUUGAUCUUAGUUAGUAUUGUCUUAUUUUCAUAUUUUGCAAUGUUGUGUUUGAUGCUUUAUGUUCAAUUGUAAACUGCUUGGAUUUUUUUGGAUAUUAAGUGGUAUAGAAAUUCAUAAUCAUAACAACAGCAACAACAACAUGAAUGAAUGAAUUAAAACACUUGAGUGUUCAUAUUGGUCUACUCUGGAGCUGACCUGAUAACAUUUAAGAUUAUGGACAACGUUUCUUUCAGUUUCUGAUUAUAUUGGGGCCUUUUGCUGCCACAAAGAGAUGAUCCACUUCACUGACUGCAUACACUUUCUCCUGAGGAGUAAAUAACUGUAGUGUCCAGCCUGGUGUCGUUGCUUUGCUUUGCUUUUAAAGUCCUAUGCCUUUCGUUUUCUCCUAGCCUCAAUAGUGCUUCAGAAGUGGUGGUGCCAAAUGCAACCAUGUGUAGAAGGAGAAGAGUGUAAAGUGCUACCAGAUUUGUCCGGAUGGAGCUGCAGUACUGGAAACAAAGUAAAGACCACCAAGGUAUUCCUAAUCCAAGAUGGGUGAGAGAAGGCCGAGUCCAAUAAUGCUCCCCCUCUCACCCCCCCGAGGGCAAUGUUGUGAUCCUUUUUAUGAGAUCCACAUAGUGCAUGAUUUUGUGAAUGACAAUUGUGAUGCUUUGAAUCUAUUUCAAAUAGUUGACUCUGUUUCAUAAUAUCUGGCAGGCCAAGUAAACAACAGUAUGUACAGGGCAUAUAAUGGUUCAAGAGCCCCACAAUGCAUCUUGUCCAUUCCUGACCACCUAGCAUAAAGAUCUCAGUUCAAAGUGAUUUCAGAUAAGUGACAAUGGAUAUCUGACUUCUUUGUGUAUUUGUUAGGUAGUUGCUAUAUACCUAAAAAAGGAUCGCCAUGGCCAGUGCAAUGGCAGGAGGUUUGGGAAGGGAAGAAGAGAAGAAGCAGCUGUAUGUCAGGAAGGCAGUGGAGAUCCACAGCUUACACUGCAGCACGUUUUAAGAGACCUCAAGACAGUUUCAUGCGGCAAAAAAAUCAAAUUAGAUUACAUGGAGAUAGGAACCACAAGACUCUUCAUACACCUACCCGAGAUCCUAGUCCAUCAAGUCUGAAGCUACUCUGAGAGUGCCAUUGUUGCUUCAGUUACAGGGUUGUUUAGUUCCUUAUAUUUCAUUUUUUAAAUUUAAAUGUGAUCAAAACAUGUAAUUGGAACUACUUUUUCUAAUGCUCGGACACACAUUCUGAACAAAGCCAUUUUUGUUCAAAAUGGGAAUUUUUCUGUUUAUUACUCAAAAGUGGGAUGUGCAACACAAUGUAGUGUGAUUGCUCCAGCAGUGUGAAGUUCCAGCCAGUCAGGCCAUUUUCCAGGAUACUCCUUUCUAUUCCCCCCACCCCUGAUUUUCUCUUCUACCCCCACCCCCAACAGAUGCUCAGCAUUCUGCGUUUACUGAGCAGGAUCGGUCCUUCUUCUGCUGUUCGGGGGGGGGGGUUGACCCUUUAAGUUUCCCCCCCUUAGUACUGUUAUACCACAUCCCAAUCUGAGUGGUGUGCAAUUCCAGAGAUGCCAGGCACGCCCCCAAGAGGGUCUCUUGCUUCUCUCAUAGUCUUAGAUCCAAAAUAGCAAAAAGCCAUGCUCUCUGUCCCUUUUUCUGCCUGUCAGCCCACUUGGUGCUCUGACUCCACUUUCUCUGCAGCUUGCAAACUCCAAACUGAUCUUCCUGCUCGCUUAUGUCAGGUCAAACUGACACACAGCUGGAGGAGGAGCUCCCUUCCCCUUGCUGUCUGGCACUGAAUUUCCUGAUGGCCCAUCUUUUGUAAGGUUUAAGGCUUGGCCAUCAUCAGCUUUGUUCCGCCAGUGACCCACACUCAGCUAGCUAUGCCAGGCUGGACUGGCUAGUUAGUGUAUGCUGAACCCAGCAGUGCUUGGCACAGUUUAAUCAAACCUUGAUUAAUUCCAACUUUUACUAAAUCCAGGAAUUAUGGGGAGGAUCUGGCACCUAGGAAUUUAGGGGAUCCUUGCCCCCCAAAAAACUUACAACAGUACUACUUGUGCUUCUUCAAACCUUGGGGAAACCUGAAUACACACUGAUACCCCACUCUUCUUUCUAUGUGGCCCCAUUUUUGUGCGGUCCUGUUGGCAGGUUUUAUUUGCUAUUAGGAGUGAUUUGAAAGUGCAGCUUUCAUCAGAAUUUACACAGCAGUAGAAAAGAAAAUUUAGGAGGGAAUUGGGGGAAGUGUGCUCUUUAAAAAGGAACCUUCUCACUUCAUCUGAGUUAAAUAUCAUUUCCCCAGAAGCUCAAAACCUUUUAUUUUUAUCCGCUGGAGAUGACUUCAUUCAAACAAGUUUCUUUCCAGAUUAAUCCUAUAUAUCUUGAAUAGCAUUCAAUAGCAGAGUGACAAAACAAGAAGUGGAUGAGUAGAGUGAGUCAUCAGUUGCAGAGUCAAAGCAAACGUGAGCCGGUAGAUGGAAAUGGCUUUGGGGUCUCCCCUUCUAAUGGGUGUUUAGCAACAGCAUCUUAUGCAAGAGCGGUUAAGUGUGUAGAUGAAACUCCUCCCAGCAUCCCAAGAAAUACAAUAGUGGAGGGUGGUUUGCCUGUAAGAUGCCUGCCAGCCUUGGCUUGUUGCAGCCACUUCCCUCUGCUUUGCAUCACGUUCCAGCCAAGGACUUUCCAGCCUGUCACAGCUCCUCCAGUUGGAGCAAUCAUCUGUGACAGAGAGCUACAUGAUUAUUAUUUUCAUGGCUUGCUGAAUACCCUGAAGAACAAGGUAUAAUUAAAAUUUUAUCAAACUCAUUAGUAAUUACAUGUAUGUCAUGGUUAAUCAGUUGCAUAAUUUUGUAAUCAUUGUUCAUACAGUGGAGCAUAAUUAUUCUUCAGGCUUUGCUUGCUUCGUGCUUCCAUCUCCUUUCCACGCAAACACCCCAUAAAAUUAUCCUGCAAAAUAGCAGCCUGUUGUUCCUUCCUUAUCUUUUACUCGGCAAAUAGCAUGUUCACACUGAAGAGCUUUUAAAAGAAGAAGAAGAGAGGGAGAAAGUAUCAGAGCAGCCUCCGUUGGCUCAGGAAUCAAAAUGCUGCUGAGUAAUCAAUCACAGCAACUUCGCACCACCAACCUUUCUUUAUCUGCUUCCCCUUUGCUUGCUCCCCACUUUUCCUGGCAGUGUUACAAUUUGACAUCAUUCACGUACCCUUUGUGCUCUCAGAAUGUGGAGCACUUGGCAGUAACCCAUUUGGCCCACAGCCAGGCUCUCAUUCUGGCUUCCCCCCUCCAACAGGAAACAAUGCACUUUCCUUCUUGUAGCAUUGCCCCCCCCCAGCUCUAAUGCCUUGAUCCAUCUUUCACAUUCCAGAGACAUACUGCAGAAACCUAACCCAACCCUAGUCUUUAUUGCGUGGGGCAACCCAUGCUCUUGCAACCAUGGGUGUGUAUGUGUGGAGGAAGGGCUUUGGUGCUUAUGUGCCUGCUGCACAGAAAUAGCAGGACAGAAGGAACAAAAUGUAGUCUGAUGAGACUGAAAGGAGGCAGGAAAACAGCAAGUUCUGAGUAGGCUGAAGAAGAGGACAGGUGAUGUAUUCUCUUAGGGCUGAAUGUGAUUUGCAGUGACAAAGAAGAAACCAGUCGUCAUGAAGGCACUGCUCAGUUGAACCUGUUGACACUCCUGCCACCUUCAACAGUUCCUGGAGAACUGCUUCCCAUAUUACUUCUUUAAAGACACAAGCAAUAUAUGUCUGCACUAAGCAUUUGGAUACCAUAGAGCAGGGAUGGGGAACCUGUGGUUCUCCAGAUGUUGUUGGACUCCACUUCCCAUCAUUCCUGACCAUUGGCAAUGUUUCCUGGGGCUGCUGGGAGCUGGAGUCCAUCAAAGGGCCCCAGGCUCUGUAUCCCCGCCAUAGAACAUGAGUACUACCAGACUGGGGAUUAUGGUGUGUUGUUUUUUUUUUUGUGGGUUUUUUUUUUUUUGCAACAUCCACACAAGGUCUAAUUUAAUCUGGAUUUACCCUUUCUGGGGGAUAGCUGAUGAAGAUUUUUUUUAAAAAAUACCCUCUGAUGCCAAUGUCUGGUUUGCAGUAUCUCAGUGACCUGCUUGCAAAGUAAGCAACUGUCUGGAAGCACCCUGUGACUUUUGUCUGGGAAAUGAAUGAGGGUUUGCCCUUCCUUAUCUCUAUAUGCCUUCAAAGAGCAACUGAGUUGCUUUUCUCAAUAUGGUCAUCUCCGCCUCUGCAUUAAAGCGAACUGCCUCUGUUUGUUCUGCCCACUUUGAAGCCUGGGAUCUAACCACUAUGGUAUUACUGGAUGGGCAGUUAAAUAAUAAGCAUAUCUUUCCCCCCUUAGCUGUGGGUCUCUGCUGCGUACAAAUUGAGCUUCUCUCUCUCUCUCUGAUGCUCUCAGUUUGAUCUCCUUGCCAUUUUUGCAAUGGAUUUGCUAAAUUGUUCCUGCUGAAAUGUGUCUCUUGUUUGGCAUGCACACAAGGGCAGGGAUAGAAUUUAAAUAGCAAAAUUUCAAAUGCAUCCACAGCUCAGAUGGCUGCCUUGACAGAAAUUGCUAGUCCUACUGUGAAAUCCAUAAGAAAGGACAUUGUAAUGGGUAAAUAGGGCUCGGUACAUCUGAAGACUAUGAAAUCAUCCACAGCCAUUGGAAUAACCCAGCAUCUCAAAGCCAAGACACAAUUUUCAGGCUGCUGUUUAAGAAUUUGUUUAGACUAUUUACCGUGCACAUAGGACACAUGGAAGCAAAGAAAAGCAGGCUCUGGGCUUAAUAUAAAUUAUUGCCUGCAUGCCAGGCACACCUUUCUCUUUUACCCCCUCCCCUCCGCAGAGCUUCUCCUAAUGAUUUCUCUUGUAAAAUGCAGACACUUGCUUUAAAUUCUUUUGAAAGACUUACACACUCUAUGUUUUCUCUGCAGGCAGCGUCAUGUAAAUGUAGCUAUGCUAGAUGAAUGCUAAAGAAUGCUUAAUAAUAAUAGUAAUAAUAAUGCCUAGCACCUCUGCUGCUAAAAAGGUCACUUAAGGUAAUCUUGGAACUGGAAGCCUUGCGGUACUUGAAAGAAUUAACAUGUUAAGUUAUGCAUUUUUGAACAGAUUCCAUUUUGGCCUGCCCCAAAUAAAUCUUCCCCCCACUCCUCCCAAAUAUCCUUAGCUGUUGCUCUUCAAUCUUAGGUGCACAGUAGGCAUUUUAGAUUUGAAAGAUUUGGCUGUCUUUCACUGCCCCUCUUUGUCUAUAUGCAUGCAAGAAAAAAUGCAUGGCUUGAGGGUAUGGAGCAGAGGCCAAGCAGACAAGCACAGGAGUAGACUAUUUUGCACCCUUUUGCAAACCCACUGUAGGAUAAUGUUCAUUUGGUGGAUGGAGGAUCCUGCCUUAAGAGACACAAUUGCCUCAGGUUGGAUUUGUGUGCCUUUCCAAUGCUGAGUGUGAUUCUGCAGGAUGCUGUUACGGGGCUGAACUUGUCACUUUCAAAUGUCAAUGAUAUUUUUCCAGGGCUGGCUUUUUAUUGAUCCCUACAUUGAUCUCUGGGAUUUGGUGACUGAUUCCCCUUCAUAAAGAUAAUAAGCCACUGAGAGUCUGAGGCGCUUUAAAGGUUAAAGUUAUUGUGGCCCAAGUUUUCAUAGACUGGAACCUACCUCUCAGCAGACAGUGGCAGAGCUGGCAGGAACAGAAUAAAAAGUUGGGUGGACCAAGAGGUGAUUCUUACAUCCAGUGGGUUACAUUCCAGCAAUGUAGAAACCAGAGGUCCCAGCACACACAAACAUACCACACCCACACACACCACAUCUCUCCAUCCAGGCAGGCAAGAGGCAUGAUCACAGUCAAAGGAUAUAUUCCAGCCAGUCAAAAGGACAUGACGAUGUCACAGCAGAGGGCCAUCCCACAGAGGGGUCUGGCCUAAGCAAGGGAUAUGGCCUUGGAGAGACCUGAGGGCCAGUUAGAGAUGUCUGGAUGGUCAUGUUUGUUUCCCCAUCCCUGAUUUCAUAGAAUUGUAGAGUUGGAAGGGACCCCAACCCCCUGCAAUGCAGGACUUAAUGCAUCUAACAAAACGGGAACUUGCCUAUAAAAGCUCAUGUGAUGAUAAAUAAGGUUAGCUUUUCUUUUUAAAAAAUCCUUUUACUCAGUUGUUUUCCUGCCGUUCCUCCAAGAAGCUGCAGGCACUCUACAUGGUUCUCGCCUCCUUUUUUCAUCACAACAACCCUGUGAGGUAAAUGAGGCUGAGAGAUGGUAACUGGUCCAAAGUCACCCAGUGAUCUUCGUGACUGAGAGAGAGUUUGAGCUUGGACCUUCCUGGUUCUAGUCCAGUUCUCCAACCACAUAAUCAUGCUGACACCACAGUACUCUGUCGGGGCAAAUAAUCUUAACUUCACAUACAUACUUAUAGGGUCUGAACUGGCUGUGGUUCUUGGUGAAUAUCUCUAUGAAAAUGUUGAACCUGUGUGCGGCAGCCAUGAAAAUGGCAAAGGGAUUGAAAAUAAAGACUGCCAGUACACAUUUCGUGUACUGAAAUUCAUGUCAGAAUGCAACCAUAUGCUUGCUUAAAUAACUUUGAUAUGAUUUUCCUACAUAAACAUUUUGGCUUGUCUCCUCCCUCCCCGCCCCUCCAUUUGCUUCCAGAAUUGUUGACUUCUGAAAAUUACAUGUUUCAGUCAGCUCACUCCUAUGGAAUGUUUUCUUCUCCCCACAAAAUGAAAUAAAAACGUUUGGGGAAUCGGUUAUCUUAUGAGGAACAGGUCUGCAAAAUCUUGUUAGAUGUCUUCUGAAUGCUGAAUAGGAAUGGUCGACUUAUCCUCUCUAUUCCUGCAAACUCUCAGUGCAUCUUUUUCAAUGCAGAGCAACUUCACCUGCAAGGAAAGCCCAUUCAUGCAAGAGCUCUGUGUAUGCACUGGAAUGCACAGGAGGUUCUGGAUCAGAGAUAAUUCCUUAGAUUACCAGAUAUCUGUCUAAUGCAUUUUCCUUUGUUCCCAGGUGACAAGGUAGAUUUGAGAAGAUCUGCUCUCAUCUGAUAUGCAUCUGUGUUGACAUGGCUGGCACUGCAGAAAUGGCACAACGUGGCUUUUCUCCAGGUGCAAGAUAUUCCUUCUAUGUUCUGAAGACCUGGAAACAGAAGGACCUCAUUGGCACAGGAUAGGAUGCAACUGUGGUAUAGGAUGCCUAUUUUUCAUGGGCACUUUAUUGUUCUUCCUCGUGUACACCUGCCAAGGAAGUGGUGCUGCAGUUUGCUCCCUCCUGGAAGAACAGCACCAAGGAUUACAGGAAAGGGGUGACGUACCUGUCUGGGCAGAGAUCUUGGGAAAUUUCCCUUGUUUUUGAAGAUAAAAUACUGCAUCAACCACUGAUUCAGUGCAGCCUCUAAGGUAUUUAACCAUCAGCUGCUACUAAGUCUACAAUUAUGGGUCUUGAAUGCAGUUACAAGAACUGCUCCACAUUCUCCUUCCAUACCAUGGAUAUACCUGCAAAAGAGAAGAACGUAUUUCUUCCCCUAGUGCUCAAUUAAAUAUUGGAGUUGCAUAGAAUCUGUUGAUAACUACAAAGUGGGGGAAAGCAAUUUUCCUUCCUUUGAAUUCUCCUGUGUCUGUAGGCUGGCUCUGACGAUCGCUAAAGAGAAUCAAGGUGUCGAGUUGGUGUCAAGUUCACAAUUCAAAAUAAAAUUCGUGUUUUUACAAAAUCUUCCCAAUUCAUGUUUUUGUCGCUUUCAUAGAAGGCAGGCUUUGAGUUCUGGAAACAAGGAACCAAAUUAUAAUCUUGUGUUGUGAAACUAGAGGAACUCCAAGAAAGACCAUGCAGUUGCUCCAACAUUUACCCAGUUACCAGCUUCAGAUUCUAUACCUGGACGGAUGGAAGAAUCUACAGUACAGGCAGAAGUUCAUUAUACUUUGUUGGAAGCACAAGAGAUGAGAACAAGUAUUCAUAAUGCUUUCUCUUUCUUUUUCAUGAGUCACCAAAAAUGUUCUCUCCUGGUCUUUCCCUCUCCUGUUCAGUAAUUAAUCAGGCUUAUACUCUCAUCUCUUCUGUUCCUUCAAAGUCACACAAAUUACUGUUAUUGUCAGAAUUCUAUUGCAAAUAUUAGAAAUUGCGAGGGGGGAAGGUGUGUUCUUCUCUUUGCUAUGUUGUGUCUGCUACAGUCUUAAAUUUUACUCAGAGAACUGAGAGAGCUUAGUUACAUUUAGUAUUAAAUAAAGACUUGUACUUGGCAACUGUAAUGAGUGCAGAUCCCUCUCAGGGACCAAUUGAUUGCUCUUAUACCUCCUCACAAGAAAAUAUUAUGAGAACUAAGUUAAACUUCCCAGCUUAUGAUGCCAUUGCUGCUUCUGCUGAUAUAAAUGGAGGAGAGGAUCCACUUUAAUUCAGUGGGAUUUGACAAGGUUUUAGGAAAGGGUAGGAGAAGACAAUAGACAGAGAGAAACGACAUAGCUUUGGUGAAGUUCUUUCAUUGUUUCUGGAUGCACAGGACAUCUAAACCCCAAAGUGGAAAUGCUUAUUCAAAGCUUACUUAGCAUUUUUCAUAGCAAAUUAGAACAACAGGCAUAUAACAGAAAGGAUAGAGUUUCUUAAAGACAAGUCAUUGCUGAUCUUUCCUAUUGGAAUGUUGAGAUCCGCUCCCAGCUAAUUGGCAUCCAUAAACAUGUUCCAUGUCUGUGUCUCAUUAUGUCUACCUUGAUCAUGAAGGUUUAUUGGUUUGACUUGGGGGAGGGUGGUGGCUGAGGCUGAGAAUGAUUGCUUACCCUUGCUAAGUAUAACCCAAAGUGAACACCUGACUCCAACUCAACCAAGAUGGAUGUCAGGAGCUCCCGGAGAGAAUGGGCAAACAGCUGCACCUUCAAAACUCUGCCUUGACCUGUCCAACUUGGCACUGGCCUGGCCUCCAUGCUGUGACUGUAUGACCUGCUGACUUUGUUAUCUAAACGUUUUUUUGUAACAGACAAUGUUAUACCUGCUUCGGAUGCGAUGUAAAUACCAGGCUGUGAAAUAUUAAAGUUCGUUUUAAUCUCUGCA